AUGGGGGCUCUAGCGGUGAUCUGGGGCUUGCUGCACCCUCUGCUCGUGGCCCUCCUCGCUGUCUUUGUGUUUUAUUGCUGCUACAUCAAAUCAGUCCACAUGAAAUACGACCACAUCCCCGGCCCCCCCAGGGCGAGGUAAGUGACCGGCCGGAGGAGGUGCUCGGUGGGAGGAGGGCUGCUAAGAGAAGUUUCCCAAUUGGGGUCCGCGGGCAGGUGGUCUGCAGUUGUGUGGCUGCGUUAAAAUGAUCAUACCGGUUUCUACCUGUGCUCUUAGGGCUCCUUUUUCUUUCUCGUGUUGCAUCACAAUUGAAAGUUGUACAACUUCCAGAAACAGUGCAUUUAAAUGGGCAUAAAAAAAACAACAACACCAAUGAGUGUUUCCUAAGCAAUUUCCAAUUUUCAUAUGUUAUUGGACAUUGGCUGCUGUCAGUCCCAACCAGCGUGGCAAUGGUCAACAAGAGUGCCCUUAUUAUGCAAUUUUUAAAAAAAUAGUUUUUAUUGGAAAUUUCAACAUAACAAUUUAUCAAAAACAUAUCAUCCUCAUUCCCCCCCCUCCCCUGUGUGCAUGCAUUUUGAGUCUCUGAUAGUUUCUGGGGAUACAUGUUCUUUUGUGGAUGUUUUGAUGGCCCCUGGGGAUACAUAUCUUUACUGUGGCUUUCUCAGUGUGUAUAUAGCUUCCCUUGGGUCAUUAUGUUCCUUGUUAUAAGACAUGCAUUGUAUUGUGAAAUUGGUUGUUGAGGUUGCAUAGGAAUUCCUGCUUACUUUGACCUUGGUGUUCGACUCCUGUAAGGAGCCCCUAAGGUUUUCAUCAAGUCAUGCCUGACUUUUCUUAAUGUUGCAGCUUUUUCUUUGGUCACCUGCCACUCGUAUGGGGAAUGAUUAAAAAGCAGGAAAAUUAUUACGAUCUCUUUAAGCAGUGGUAAGUUAUUUUGCGUAUUCAGACAGCUCGAAAUGAGAGGCUGUGCACUGCAUUUACUAGACCAAUGUAGUUAAGACUGCUGGCUGAUUUAUUUUUCCAGUCCCUCUUUUUUAGUUUCCAAUUUCCUGUUUGCUUUUGGGGGUGCUUUUUAAAGAUGCACUAGAAUUGCUAUUCAGGGCCCUCCCCUGAGCCUUUAGUUAAAAGCUAAACCUCUCAUUAGUGCUUGCGGGUCUGCAUCUUGGCUGUGCACAGAUACGUAAGUACAUGGUAAACCAUAUAAGACACCAUGUAGCACAUAGUCUGACAACUCACACGCUCAGGGGUGGACCACGGACUGUUCAGUUUUGCUGUCUGAGGUGAAAGGGGAAGGCAUGAGCUGCCCACUGCCCAAUGUCCACAUUCCCUUGUUGCCCCAGCCAAAGCCUCUCUUACUGGAGUUGCACAGCUGAGGCUCCUGGGUUCUUGCAAGAAGCCCCUGUUGCACAAUCUCGCUAGAACUUGGAAGCUGCAGCAGCUGCUUCUCCUUUCUCCUCUGGUGGUGACGGCAGCAGGAGCGCAUCCCUGGGUUAUAAUUCAAUGGUCACUUUUUGUCUUAAUAGGGCUGAGGAAUAUGGACCAGUCCUGCGUUUAAAUGCCUUUCACAAAGUUGCAUUAUUAGUAUCAGCCCCUGAAGGAGUAAAGGUACGCUAUGAAACAUUAUCUCUCCCAAGACUGAAAGCGAACAUAGUAUAAAAAGAGAAAAUGGAGCUCAAUUUCACAACUGAAAUGGCAGGUGUGUAAAUGAGCAACUCAAAUGCUAUUUUGGGUAUUGGAAUUGUCCGUUCCUCACAUGCUUCAGUCAGGCUGUCCACUGUUAUUUUCAAAAAGGCAAAAAAAUAAAUAAAUAUGUUUUUAAAGCACAGCACGAACAUUUAUGCAUUCUUCCCUUUUAAUUGUGUUUUCAUUUUUUAAAGUAACAUUUUUAUCCAAUUCAAAAUUAUUCUAGGGGUGGCUGGCUCUUUUGAGUUGAGUGGGGGGACAUCAGCUAGUCAGAACUGUGUACAAUUUCUGUUUUAAACUUGUAGAACAAUCUACAAGUACGUCUCCACAGCAGAGGAAUAGGUAUGUUUUGACUAAGUUCAGCGAAAGAGCUUCCAGUUUAGGCCCUCACUAUCGUAAAAAUAACUACAAUAUUUUGUAUUUUAAUGCAAUGCAAUCUUUGGCGAUCACUCGUAGCUGAGUAAGAUUGUCUUCCAUAAACACGGUUUUAACAAUGAGUCUGUAAGUGACUGUGGAGGCCAAUUCUGGAUCCACACGUCCUUCCACAGUAGGGACAUUGGUUUCCGGGUGGGAGUUGAUUAGCGCGUUUCUCCCUUGCAUCCUGAGUUCGAGUGUCUUCAAAGCCCAUGAUAACUUUGGUAAAGGCUGUUCUCCAAUUGGAGCGCUUGCAGGCAAGUGUUUCCCAAUGAAAUACAAGCAAAUCCCCUAUUUCCGCGGGGGGUUGUGUUCCAGGUCAAAAUGUGCAUUGGCCGAGCACACAGAAGCCUGUCUCAUUCCGUCCCCAUUCCUCCCUCUUCCGGGUCCAAAAGGACCCAUUCAUAACGGUUGAAUGCCAGUUGCCCAUGCCUAAAAUGGUUGCUACCUGUACAAUACAAUAAUAUUGCAUGUAACCUAAAUAGGAAGUGUAUUCCUCUCUCUGAAAUGGUAGUAUCUGAGAAAACAAUGCCAUGCUGGCUGGUGCUAAUGGGAACUGGAGUCCAACAAGCUCUGGAGAGCCACAUCUUGGCCACUUUAAAGCUAAUCUAGAUGGGAUUGCAUCAACCCUGUCCCAAACUGAAGCUUACCGGAGGCUAGCAUUCUUGACACGAAAUGUUUCUUUUUUAAAAUAUUCCCUUGAAAAUCUAUAGCUCUUUUCCCAUUUAUUUUUGUAUGUGUGAUAGUACUUUAUAUAACAUUAAAGGUACGUACUGGAACAUUGACUGAACAGAUUUCAUCUUAGGUGUACUUGACAUCACCAGAAUACCCAAAGGACCCCAUGGUAUACCGUGGUCUUCAUGAUAUGUAUGGCGUAAGGUAAGUAACAUAUGGGGUAAAGGUAAAGGUAAAGGGACCCCUGACCAUUAGGUCCAGUCAUGACCAACUCUGGGGUUGCGGCUUUAUUGGCCGAGGGAGCCGGCGUCCAGCUUCUGGGUCAUGUGGCCAGCAUGACUAAGCCGCUUCUGGCGAACCAGAGCAGCGCACGGAAACGCCGUUUACCUUCCCACCGGAGCAGUACUUAUUUAUCUACUUGCACUUUGACGUGCUUUUGAACUGCUAGGUUGGCAGGAACAGGGACCGAGCAACGGGAGCUCACCCCGUCACGGGGAUUCGAACCGCCAACCUUCUGAUCAGCAAGUCCUAGGCUCUGUGGUUUAAUCCACAGCGCCACCCGCGUCCCUUAACAUAUGGGGUAGAACAAUCCAAUAAUCAGCCAAGGCUAUCUGUUUUCAGAAAGUGAGUCAAAGCUACUAGCACGAGGUUAACAUGAAACACUCUUGCUUAAUUCAGAUACUGUAUUAGGCUGCAAUAAAAAUUACUAGGAAUUGGGAAGGCAAGCCAGCAUGAGCCUGUGGCAUGUUUAUCAUCCUCACACACACCUUGAAUAGCUAUCAGAACCAAGUUUUAAAAAAGACCCAGCAAAGGAAGAAUGGGUACAAAAACUUAUGGAAUAUGCAGAAAUGGCAAAACUUACCGGAAGAAUAAGAAAUCAAGAUAACAAACUUUUUAUAAAAGAAUGGAAAUGGUUUAUUGAAUAUUUACAGAUAAAUUGCAAACAAAUAAAGACUUUGGCAGGAUUAUUGCAAUAACAUGCAGUUUCAUAAGAGCAUGUAUUUAAAGAAGAUGAAUAAAUGAGCAAAUUCAGUUACAGUGGUACCUCGGGUUACAUACGCUUCAGGUUACAGACUCCGCUAACCCAGAAAUAGUACCUCGGGUUAAGACCUUUGCUCCAGGAUGAGAACAGAAAUCGUGCCAUCACGGCGCAGCGGCAGGAGGAAACCCCAUUAGCUAAAGUGGUGCUUCAGGUUAAGAACAGUUUCAGGUUAAGAACGGACCUCCGGAAUGAAUUAAGUACUUAACCCGAGGUACCACUGUAAUUUGGAUAUGCAGCAGAUAUCAAAAAUUUAAGGAACCGCAGAAAGAGGGGGAAGGAAGUCAAGUUUUGAAAUGUCGAAAUGACUGUAUCAGUGAAAUGUAUAAAAAAAAUGUUUAAAAAAAGAACCAGGUUAAACAAACAAACAACCCCAUGGCCUUUAGAAGCAAACUAGAGCAUUCCCAGAGGGGGGAGAGAAAGAGAACCAUGACCUCUGAACCAGGCGUAAAAUAAUGCUAUUUUUCUGUUGCUGCCUUUUUCAGAUUUCUAGGGCAGGGCUUGUCAGCUGUUCCUGACUACAACCAUUGGCACAACCAGAGGAGAAUCAUGGACCCGGCCUUCAAGCCAACGUGAGGCAAAAACAAUUGUUUGAAAUAGGCUGCCUGUUUCUCUUCAGGAGAUUCCGUUGGCCUCAGUCUGUCUUGCUAAACGUACAGACCAUUCUGAACGGGUUUACUGUGAGAAGCAAAUCUUCCCUUCUGUUCAGUGUUCCUUUGUUCCUUGUGACAAUGUCCAGAGACUUUUUUUGUUACAUCCUUGUAAUUAUGCUGGUUAGGAUCCAAACCCAGUGCAGGGUGGGCCAGUUCUGAGGGGGGAAAGCAGCAGGUGGUCACGGUGGCACUCCAAAAACUGUGUUUGUUGACUUGUGUAAAAUAAGGGUAGAAUGUACUAUGUGGAUCAGGAUUAAUUUCAUUCUAAAGUUGGUGUAACUGAAAGCCCGAGGGCUAUCUAUCGCAAAUGGCUGAAAGCCUGAGGGCUAUCUAUCGCAAGUGACUGUCAGAGGAAAAAACAGCCCCAAUGCAUGUUUUCCAGAGAUAAAUCAUUUCAGUUGAUGCUGUGUCAUGCAAAUGUGCAAGAGUUAUAGCAGAGUUUUAUGAAAGAGCAGCCUCUUAGCCAUAGCUGUCGACUUUUCCCUUUUCUUUUCCCUUUUCUUGCAAGGAAUCCUAUUUGGAAUAAGGGAAUUUCCCUUAAAAAAAUGGGAAACGUUGACAGCUAUGCUCUUGGCAGCGUGGUUCCCUGGAACAUUCUCCCCUCAUAAGCUUCAUUUAUUUCAUUCCAUUUAUGAAUUGCGUCCAAACAAAUAUUUCAAAGCAAAUUAACCAUAAAAGCAAUUACAACAAUUUGAUGUAUAAAAGCAGUUAAAACAACUUCAAAUCUGCACUGAGAGGGAAAAAAUAUCACAUUAAAAUGCCCUUUUAGCCAAUAUGGGCGGCACCUGUCUAAUCCGUAACGGAAUGGAGUUCCAAAAUGUACACUGUAAUAAAGUACCCUCUGUGUCCAUGCCUCUAUGUGUUGAUAGUGCUGUCGUAAUUCUUCUGAAAGUGCUGAGGGCCUUCUAAACUCUUUAGGCGGUAUGGAUUGUGCCGUUCUGUUUGCAGCCUUUGUGUCUCUGCUUGAUCGUCUCUCUGUUUGUUUCCAUGUAUGAAGCUUGAACCCGGAAGGCUUGUCUCAGGACCCACUGUACAGUCCCUGUCUGAAACGCUUCCUAAAAUUAAGUGACCAUAAUUCCCUAUAAUGCCAAACACAGAUGGACUCAUAGCUAUAGUCUGGAAGCGAGAGGGCCAACCGAAACAAAGGUAGCACAUUCUGCAUGUAACAUAUGACUCCCUUGAUAAUGAUAUUACUUUGUUAAGUGAGAAACAAAUAAACCAAUAAAUGGCUUAUUAAGUACCAGUGAGUUGAUAGGAACAAUUAAAUGCAUUUCCUGUGUUGCAUUUCCUGCAUUGCAGGGGGUUGACUAGAUGACUCCAACUCUACAAUUCCAUAAUUCUAUGAAAUAUAUUGAGUGCUGAAUGGUGAAAAAGGAGGAGGGAAUUGAGUUGCCUGAGCACCCCUCAGUUUAUUAUGACUGGAGGGAGAUAUUAGAGGUUCUCUUUCCCCCUGCUAUAUUGGGAAGUUUCAGGCAAGAGGAAAGAAUUAGGAUACAAUUUCGCUUUCUGGCUCACCAGACCUUCUCUCCUUUCCCUGCCCCUAAAUCUCUCAAGUGCUCACAUUUACUAGUUUCAGUGUCAGGAUCGUUAGCAAUUAAUUGCACAGUGUAGGAUGGUUUCAGGACGAUGGAGGAGUGUCAUUUUCUUCCCCUUCCCACCCCCCUUGUGAAAAACUCUAUGAGCUACAAAUCAAUGGCAGGGAAAAGGCUCAGGAAUGUGUGUUUCAGUCAGGGCUGGAUGUAGGUUUGCUGAGGCCCUAAUCUACUGGAGGUAAUGGGGCCCUUUAUAUGUCUAGCUGUCCUUUGUCAACAACAAAUUGUCGCUGUUUUUUGUGUGUUGAAUAUAUGCUAUGUGGUAAUUUAUGGACCUAAUAGGUAUCCAAAGCCAUUUGCAAAUAACAAAAUAGAAACCUACACAACACAAAACACUGUUGCUGUAUGUAGGUUUUAUUUUAUUUGUUUUUUAUCUUAUAUUUUGGAAAUGUACAUCCAGUUUUUUCCCCUUUAAUUUUUUUUGGGGCCCCCAAGAGAGUGGGGUCCUAAGCUAUAGCUUGUUUAGCUUAUACGUAAAUUGGGCACUGCUCUCGGUAUAUAUAUUCUCCUGCUCUGGAGGGUAAGACCCUAACCAAUGGCUUUAAGUUACAAGAAAGGCGAUUCCAACUAAACAUCAGGAAGAACUUUCUAACAGUAAGACCUGUUAAGCAGUGGAACAGACUCUCACGAGAGGUGGUGGACUCUCCUUCCUUAGGGGUUUUUAAGCAGAGGUUGGAUGGCCAUCUGUCAUGGAUGCUUUAGCUGAGAUUCCUGCCUUGCAGGUGGUCGGACUAGAUGGCCCUUUGGCCCUCUUCUAUGGGUUCUUUGGGUGGAUGGGAGGGCUAAGGGAUAUCCUCCUUCUCAUUGCCUUCACUAGAUCUGUUUUGUACAGAAUGCACAGUGUGUUAACAUGUGUGUGCUUGUACUCCUGAGUGUUAUACGUGUGUGUGUGUGUGUGUGUGUGUGUGUGUGUGUAGGAAGGUAUGUGGAUGUGCAUUCUUGGGGGAAACUUGUGCCUGCAUUUUGUUCACAAUGGAUGGCUCCAGCUUGCGAUUAUAUUUUUGUUUCAUUGACAUUUGUAUCACUUUUUGAUUGUCCAGUUACUUGAUGGGGAUGAUGGGAACUUUUAAUGAUGUAGCAGAAGAGCUUAUGGAGGUGUUGGAGAAAAAAGGCACUGGAGCAAAUGGAGUGGAUGUGAUGAGCCUGCUGAGAUGCGUGACGUUGGACAUCAUUGCAAAGGUACUCGCCGGAUGAAUUUCUCAUUUCCAUUAAGGAGCAGGGGCCGCCUCUUAACACAGAUGCCAACACACUGGGCCACAGCCAAACACAAAGUGCAAAGCUUAAGUUUAAUGAAGGAAUGCAAGAGGAAAGGGCUGAGAAUCCUUCGGAUAUCCGGGCCCGAGAUUGUUUAGGUGAUUAUUGCUCAAAACCUGAACUUUGGAGGCUCUCCUCUUAGCAAAUGGAACCACCUGUCUCUUCUACAAGAUCAGGGAAUAUAACGGCCUCAGUUGGCAUGAAAGAGAACUGACAGCUAUAAGUAACACUCAGAACUUUGACAAAUCUUCUGAUUUUUCUUAAUGUUCAUCAGGUGGCUUUUGGCCUAGAAUUGAAGACCCUGCAAGAUGACCAGACUCCUUUUCCUCAUGCUAUACUUAUGGUUACAAAAGGACUGAGCACUUCCCGCAUUCCUUUUUUUGAGGUCAGUGCAGGCUUUUCUCAAACACUCUCCCUGUCCGAUGCUGAAGUUAUUGCCUCCCAAGCUAAUUCAGAAUGGGGGGGAGGGGGUAAUGUGAAAUUCUGAGAUUGGACUUCUUUUGCAGGAGUGGUUGUAAGUUCCAGGAGUCUCAAAAUGAGGACCGUGACAUUGGGACCCUAGUAUCUUGGGCGAUGUCACUAUGAAACCUUCCUUUUGCUUCUUAACUUUUCAUUUCACUUUUAAUUUGUAAACCCCCUUUCUAUAUUGCUAUACACAAGGCAGUUUACAAGCUGAAAAGGCAUCAAAACAUUCAACAGAGAUCACACACCUUCUAACAAGCUGAUCCAAUACAAAGAAGUCAUAAUAAAAACAUAACUUUGAAAAUAAGCAACUUAUAUCAAAGUAAUAUUCAAUAAUCCCAUAAUAGUAAACAACCAAACUGAACACCAGCAAAUAAUAAUUAACCAGAAAUUCAAUCUUAACACUUACAAUAAAUCAUUACUAAACUAUAAUCAAGAAAAAUAGCAGCAAGGCACCAUGCAUAAAAUGCCAAAAUACAUACAAAACCAUGUAAUUUAUUUUUCUAUUAAUGUAAAUAAAAUCCCUGAACUCUUCCUGUGCUGCGUUUACGUUUUAUGCUGGCAUUCUCAUAUAACAAUGCCUAUUAUUUGUGCAGUAUUUGCCAUGGAACAGGAAAGUAGUUAAAGAGAUUCAGGAAAGCGUAAGGUUGCUGCGAAAUACUGGGAAGGAGUGCAUUGACCAGAGGCAGAAGGCCAUGAAGAAUGGAGAAGAGAUCCCAUUGGAUAUUCUCACUCAGAUACUGAAAAUGCAAGGUAAUAUACUCUUAAGCAGUUCCAAUUAUGAAAUGCUCUGGGGUUGCUUUGCUGUAGCCCCUAGGGUAUUGGGAUCCAGAUGUUGUUGUUGUUUGUUGUUGUAGCCAUUUAGUCGUGUCCGACUCUUCGUGACCCCAUGGACCAGAGCACGCCAGGCACUCCUGUCUUCCACUGCCUCCUGCAGUUUGGUCAGACUCAUGCUGGUAGCUUCGAGAACACUGUCCAACCAUCUCGCCCUCUGUCGUCCCCUUCUCCUUGUGCCCUCCAUCUUUCCCAACACCAGGGUCUUUUCCAGGGAGUCUUCUCUUCUCAUGGGGUGGCCAAAGUAUUGGAGUCCCAGCUUCAGGAUCUGUCCUUCCAGUGAGCACUCAAGGCUGAUUUCCUUAAGAAUGGAUAGGUUUGAUCUUCAAUAUACUGGUUCUUAAUAAGCAGGACUAUUUAUUGCAUAAUUCUGGUAUUUCUGAUGAGCUGUGGGUGGGUUGUUGGGUUUUUUUGGUGUGUUUUUUUUGUUUUGUUUUGUUCCUGUGAUGUUUGCUUGACUAUUGAGGUCACAUUUCCCCAUCUACAUAAUAUCUAUAUUGUAUUUUUGGAAUGUCUUGGAAUUUGCCCACCUUCAAAGAGGUGUCUCAACCUUGUGCUUUAUUGUCUGUCUCGACAGAUCAGGAAGGGAACUAUGACGAAGAAAAUUUGCUGGACAAUUUUGUCAACUUCUUCUUUGCAGGUUGGCAGAUGUUUUGCUUUUUGAAAUUAAAUAUACAAUCACCCCCCCAAUGGACCGAGGAAGUUCUGCAGGCAGAAAUGGGCUUUUUACAUGUCCAACCAAUGUAUAUGCCGAUUAGUUGCCUUUUCAUCUGCAGUGUGGGCCCUGUAUUUGUGGGCUGCUUUUUCAGACAGAUCACACUCAAAGCAGUUCAUAAAACAUUCACUUGGGCCCAGUUGAACUAGCUGGAUUAUAUUGAGCAGCUAGUUUCCCUAGAUGGGGAACCUUCAGUCUACAGGCCAAUAUUGACACACCAAGUGGUCUAAUUUGGCCUGUGCAGCCAUUUUGCCCAGACAGCGCCCAUCUCUCCAUGAGUUGUCCUAACUGGUGACAUAACCUGAUGGUUGGGAGGACAGAGUUAUUAUAUCCUGCCUUGGCUGUGCACCUUGUUCCUAGCAAGGAACAGGAUCAUGCAGGCAAGGCAGCAGGGUUUAAUCCCUGCUCAUCAGCUGAUGAGCAGGAAUCAAAACUCUUUGCAUUUAUUUGCUAAGUGAACGUGUGCGCCCAUGGUGGGAUGGGUGGUGGCCACAGCUGGAGAGCCACCCCCACCAUCAAUGCUGCCGCCUGCCUUAUUGCUUAAAUGAGAAGCAGAGUUGCUUCAAAGAGUGCACUAAGCUCUUAACAAAAGAGUAGCAUUUUAUUCCAACUACAACAUAGCCAGAACAUAGCUGACUUGAGAGGUAAAUAGCGAGGAACACUUCCACACCAAACUACUCAAGUUUCUGAAAUUGUGAUGUUUAGUUUUAUUCCUAUCUCCCUGCCCUACCCAAUUAGAUUCUCUAUCCUGCAGGUCAUGAAACCACUGCUAAUCUGUUGUCAUUCACCAUAAUGGAGUUGGGGCGGCACCCUGAGAUUGUUGCAAAGUAGGUAAACAGCCUUGUCUGCUUCGUUUCCUUUUCAUUGUUUCCUUAACUUGUCUGUGAUUAUAGUUUCAGCAGAUUGCAAUGUCUUGUUUUUAUUUUUUUAAAGGUUUCUGACUUGUGGGGCUGUGGAGAGGAGAAUAGUUCACACCAUGUUGUUGUUGUUGUUGUUGUUGUUGUUUUGUACAUAGGAACAGUCCUGGCCAUGUUUAAAUACUUGUCCAUAUGGACACCUGGAAUGUAUGAACCAGGUCAUGGUUAUCGUCAUCUGCAAUUAAUCACAGCCUGUACAGGCUUGAGAAUGGCUAUUGACUUUGCAUCUGGGAUUGCUUGGUUUUAUCCAUGCUAACUUUUAUCCAUAUGAGCAAGUACAGUGGUACUUGGGUUACAGACGCUUCAGGUUACAGACUCCGCUAACCCAGAAAUAGUACCUUGGGUUAAGAACUUUGCUUCAGGAUGAGGACAGAAAUUGUGCAGCGGCGGCGGCUGGAGGCCCCAUUAGCUAAAGUGGUACCUCGGGUUAAGAACAGUUUCAGGUUAAGAAUGGACCUCCAGAACGAAUUAAGUACUUAUCCUGAGGGUACCACUGUACCAAAAGAUGGUCAGGACCAUUUGUACAAAAAUGACCCCUAAGACCUUGCAUACUCAAAACAGUACAAUCAUCAUCCCCAGCCACUCUUGGCUGCUUCCAGCAAAAUAUAAAAAAAUAAUAAGAUGUCAAACAUUAAAAACUUCCCGAUGCAGGGCUGCCUUCAGGUGUCUUCUAAAAGUUGUGUAGUUCUUUAUCUUUUAAAGCACAGUUACCAUUUGCCCAUCUGAUUCACGUGAUUAUAUGAAUGUUUAUUCCUCCAGAUUGCUAUUUUCCUUGUAAGAAAGGAACAGCUGCCGAUAAUAUCAGUUGCAAGAAAAUAUGAGCAGUCUCUUUUAAAAGAUGUAGCCAAUAUUAUGCAGUGGUCCAGUUCAUUUUUAGACUAUCUGUCUGUCUAUCUAUCUGACAACCAUUCUUUCCCCAGUUAAACUCUUGCAAGCGGGGAGUGAAACGUAUGUUUUUACUGAAUCUGCUAAGUGCUCUUCCAAAAUGACUAUACCACUCUACAAAUGUAAGCCGUGUCUUCACCUUAAGUGUAGUCCCUUGGACCUCAGUCCAUCAGUCCAUUCACAGUGGAACCACUGACCAUUUUGCCAAUAUAAGGACAAUAAAUCCUGAUCUUUUCAAAUACAGAAAUCUUACCUUUUAGCAGAAAUGAUCAGUGGUCAUUAUUUGACUAAAGCUUCUCCUGUUUUUCCUUCUUAGGCUUCGGGAGGAAGUAGACAAGGUCAUUGGUAUGAACAGAGACAUUGUCUAUGAAGAUCUUGGGAAUCUCAAAUACUUAUCACAGGUACACGUGAAUAACAAAGCCACAGAUAACCCUUGCUAUGCCUUAGGGCAGCUGGAAAGAAUAACACAUUGGUUUCCAAAUGAAACUUAAAGCCUAGUUCUUGGUAUCUUUCUAAGCAAAAGAUGUCUCAGAUAUGGUAAGGAACAUGUUCCAGGAUUCUUGCAGAGAAAUCUUAUAAGAACUUGUAACUGUUGUGUGAAAUCUGAGCAGCAACGUUAACACAAUGUGAUACGUCUCAUUAGCCAAAAUUUUCAACGUGGCUAUGUGGGGCUUCCCUUGAGGCUAGCCUGGGAUCUGGCGCAGAAUUGGGCAGUUAGGUUGCUGAAUGGAGUGGCCUAUCACAAGCAUGUUACACCUUUGUUCAAGGAGCUACACUGGUUGCCAAUUUGCUACCAAGCCACAUUUAAGGUGUGACUGAGAUGUAAAGUUGAGAUGCAUAUAUUGUUCCACACCACUCCUAGCUCGGUUGAUCAGUGUGAGAUUCCAAGGGUUACAGGCGUUCUUUGACCCAGUGUCUAUGUUUCCUUUUGGACAAUGAGGCACAGCGGAAACUGUGGCGUCAUUAUGAUAUAUGGUUUAUUUACACAAAUAUACAACCUGAGUCUACCAUGGAGGGAUUUCCAGCAUUACAUUCCAAGAGAUUCUGGCUUCUGCCAUAGCCACAACAUUGGAUUCAAAAUGGACAUCAGCAUGCUGAUUUGACUCUCUCACCAGCACACCACUUAUGAACUCUGCUCCUUUACUCCUUACUGCCAUUCUAAACUCUAACUUCCCCUAAAAUACUGGCAUUGUCUUUUAAACUAAACCCUCUGUUGAGGGAGGGACCAAACCCACACACCUGGAAAUGAGAUUUGCCCUUCAUCCUUUGUGUCAUCUAAAUGGCCCAUCCCCAGGCUAACACUCAAAAGGAAAUUACCUGCUUUUACGCUUGACUUAAUUACCGUAAAUGAUUAACAAGGUCUAGCACAUGGUUUAAAUCAGUUUCCCAUCAUCCCUCACUAGCAGAACCAGUGGUUAGGGAUGAUGGAAACUGUAGUCCAAAAACAGCUGGAGACCCAAGUUUGGCAAACCCUGGUAAAUACACACUGGGUCUGGCCAAAUUUUUAUUAUUUUAAGUUUUGUAAACUACUUCCAAACAAGACAAAACAAAAUGGCGAUCAACAAGUAUGUCUUAUAAAUAUAUAAAUCAAUUUUCAACUUCUCAGGUUCUCAAAGAAGUCUUGCGGUUGUAUCCACCGGCUGCAGCCACUCUGCGCUUGUCGGGAAAGGAAAACGUCAUUGAAGGAAUCAGAAUUCCAGAAAACACCUCCCUGAUUGUGAGUCUGUUGAAUGGAUAUGGCCAUGAGUGGUUAUCUCAAAUGCAAUGGACUUCAAUACCAAACCUGUCUAAUGGCAUCACUGAUACCUUCUCUGUAUUAAAAGAGCAACACUGGUUGUUCCAUUUUAUUCUUAGGAUAUAUGCAUGUCAUAUCUCGGUGGAAAGGUGAUGGACAGGCAAUAACUGUUUUGGUAGUAUUGCACUUGUUGGGUGUUAACUGUAGUCACUGUGGUCUGCUAGAAAGCUUCACCUGCAAGUUAGAGCAUGGGGCUCUUAAUCUCAUAAUCAUGGGUUUUAACCCCACAUUGGGCAAAAGAUUCCUGCAUCACAGUGGGUUGGACUGGAUGACCCUCAUUGUCUCUUCCAACUCUAUAAUUCUAUGAUGUUUCAAAGAUCUCGGAAACCUUUUCCACAGUAACUCGGAGCAGGCCUUUCCCUGUGGCUACCCUUGUUUUGUGAAAUAGCGUCCCUGUCGUGAUACAACGAACACCCACUACCUGCACUUUCGGGAAACAAUUGAUGACAUUUUUGCUCUGGCAGGCUUUCCCAGCUGCAUGAAUGGGUCUUUGCCAGGAUUCAACAAAGAGAAAACGCAUCCAGCAAAUGCCAUGGAUGUGAUUUGAGCAGUAUGGGCUUGCGUAAAAGAUGAAUGCCUGGGGAAAUAUGUCAGGAUGUAAUGAAAACAUUACAAUCAGCUAUGCAUUUGCCUCUUUUUGAAGUGUGACUCUCCUCUUUGCAGUUCUGCACCUAUGUCAUGGGACGUCUGGAAAAAUUUUUCCAUGAUCCACUUGUCUUUGACCCUGACCGUUUUAAGAGUGACCAGCCAAGGUGAAUGUGCUAUAUUGUUUAUUUUUACCAUGGUGUGUUUACUACUAAGAAACCCAGAUUUAAAGCAAUGGUUUGUUGUUGGCUUACAAAUCUUAAUUUGUUUUAACUGCUGCUUUGCAUUAAGCGUGAACCCACCUCACAUACUUAUCAAGCUACAAAGGCUCAAGGCAAGAGCAGCUGGAAGACUAACCAAACCAAGGUUUGUUUGUCUGCAGAACAACUCAUGAUCAACUCAUGAUUUGUUAAACAAACCAUGGCUUAGUAUUAUGUGAGAGCUAGGCUAGCAGCAGCCAGCCCAGUCUUUGAGAUCUGCAAGGAGGGCUUACUGAUCACUGUACAGGUCAUUGAAAGAAGCCUUACGUCAUGAACAUUUCUGAAAUUUCCUACCAGGCCUCCUAAAACCCUAAGAAUUAGCUUUUUUUGGAGAUUUUUUUGUUUGCUUUAAUGUUAUCUGCAUUGCAAAUUGCCCUGUGGGUUUGGCAAAGAGCCGUCUAUUAAUAUAUUCAAUAAAUGAUAAUGCAUAUCAUUGUAAAUACUGGGAACCUGGUGAAUGUUGGCAUUUACUGGUAAUUCUUAGGAUUUUAGGAGGCCUGGUAGAAAAUGUCAGAAAUGUUCAUGACCUAAGGCUUCUUUCAAUGUCCUGUACUUGUAUGGCAUGUGUGCAUUUACUGACAGUGCCUCAUUGGCUUUAAUAUUUAGAUUUAAAUGUCAGAUGUUUCUGACAUCUCCAUGAGUUUCACAAUAUCUUAAGAGAUACCAGUUAGUGCAACUCUUAUUAAAGUUGCAAAGUGAGCAGAUAUAAAAAGUUGAGGCUUCUCUGAAGUCUUCAACAGCACCUAGAUCUGGAGAAAUUAGCACAAGGAACACUUUAUAGCAUACAAAUAAGUAUCUUUCCGUCCUAAUCUCUGCAGUCCAAGCUGCUAUUAAAGACACAGGAAUCCCAACACCUACGCAGGACAUGUCAACAAAACCACUUUAAGCCACUUUCUUUUUUUAUUAUUAUUUUAGGCAUUACUAUUGCUAUUUCCCAUUUUCCUUGGGUCCUCGUUCCUGUAUCGGACAGAAGUUUGCAAUGGUAAGCAAGACAAUUACUCUUAAAGGGGCAUUUAAGGCCUUUGAUGCAAUCUGUCCAGUGUCUGCAGCAUAUGGGGGGCUGUGUUAAAUUUAUAACAGAAAUGGUAGGGUAUGGUAUAACAAGGGUUUAUAGCAGCAGAUUUUCCAACUGCACAGAGUCCAAGACAUCCCACACCAGGGACGGAUCUAUAUUCAUGGUUUUUAACGUUAAGGAAGGGGUAUGGAAUAAUAAUAACAAUAAUUUAUUAUUUAUACCCCACCCAUCUGGCUGGGUUUCCCCAGCCACUCUGUGCGGCUUCCAACAAAAUAUUAAAAUACAAUAGUCUAUUAAACAUUAAAAGCUUCCCUAAACAGGGCUGCCUUUAGACCACAGCACCACCCACAUCCCUUUAACGUUCAUAAUGUGUUAUUUAAAUGUGACAGCAGAGGGUGAUGCAGAGCAACCAGCAGCAGGGAGACAGCGUUUUGACGGGUGGGCGGGCGGGGACAAACAAGGUAAAAAAUGCUUUAAUGAACAAGUAUGCCCUGUGACGUUUCAGAACGACAUAUAUAAUAUCGUUCUAAUAACGUUAAACAGGUCAUUGUAGAUCCAGCCCGGGAUUGGUUUUCUGUUUGUUACAGCAAUCACUGGUGUGGAGUACUGGCACCUGCUUUUUCUGUUGCCUAUGACAGCCAUUUUGUGCUGGCACCCACCCACCACACUAUCAAUAUACUAGCUGGAGUAUGUGCCCUUUGUCUACAGCUGGCACUCUUAUGUCCUCUUUGUCCAUAUGCUUAGUACCCACUCACUGUUUUAUUUUUGUAACAGAUGGAGGCCAAAGUAGUCAUGGCCAAAUUGCUGCAGAGGUUUGAAUUCCAGCUGGUUCAGCCACAGAGCUUCAGGGUUCGGGAUGCUGGCACCCUGAGGCCUUACGAUGGUAUAGACUGCAGACUGAAACUACGCCAUCAGUAUGACUGAAUGUGCUACAUCGCGAAAUGCGUUUCAGAAUUUCUGUGGGGCCGCAUUGAAAGUGUGUUUGUGUGUGUGAAAUUACUUUUAAUCUCGAUAUAUACCGAUAGCAAAAGAAAAAAUAAUAAAAGAGUUCUGAAAUCUAUAGGCUUUAUUUCAAAGACCCAGUCAAAGACCCAGUCUGGCACCCACAAACCCAUGUGCAUUUGCAUGCACACAGGCUGGGAGCCUCAGUGCCAGGGGUCAGCAAACUUUUUCAGCAGGGGGCCGGUCCACUGUCCCUCAGACCUCGUGGGGGGCCAGACUAUUUUGGGGGGGGGCGAAUGAACAAAUUCUUAUGCCCCACAAAUAACCCAGAGAUGCAUUUUAAAUAAAAGGACAUAUUCUACUCAUGUAAAAACAUGUUGACUGUCCGCGGACCGGAUUUAGAAGGUGAUUGGGCUGGAUCCGGCCCCCAGGCCUUAGUUUGCCUACCCAUGCUCAAUGCCAUGCCUCUGGAGGCUUCACCCAGUGCAAAAAACCUGGCCUGCCCCCCCCAAUAGCUAUGACACUGACCUCCCCUUUGACAUAUAUGAAGCAGCCACCAUCACUUGUUUCAGAUGUCUUGUAAAGAUUUAGCUUUUUGCCCACGCUUUCCUUUACCCAUAAAAGUGGACUCUGUCUAUGUGGUUUUUUGCUUUGUCUUGUUUUUAUUUGCUCUUACUGGUUUUUAUAUAUUGCUAUUUUAUUGGGGUUUAGGUAGUAUUUUUGUUUGCUUGUUUGUUUGUUUUUUAAUACUGUAUACUGUAUCAUGUAGAGAUUUUUAAAAUGUUAUGCAGUUACUUUUAAUUAAAUGAAAAAUGGAAAAAUGAAAACAAUGGAUAACGGUAUGGUGUUGGGUACUCUUUAAAAAGCAGUGAAUGAAACGCAAAAGAAAGAAAAGGCAACUGUGGAAACACCCAGAUCUAUAAUAUUGGGCUGCAACCAACGUUCUCUGUCUGCUAGUACAGAGGGGCAUUUGCAGUGCUGUGGAGGGCAGGGGGGGGGGGUACUGGGAGAAAUCAAGGAGUGCAUAUGUCAGUGUUCUCCCUUCUCACUGUACUCAAACAUCUCCCUCUUCCAUUCCUCAGCUGCCUUAGGUGAGAGAGAUAAAAGAUGUGGAGCCCUCAAAUAUUUCAUGGUAACUUCACGCAAUGCAUUUCACUUCUGGUGCCUUGUGUUGUCCUCAACAUGAAGUUCCCCGACUCGAUGUAGUAAUUUAGAACAAAUAUUUCAAAUGAUAAGUGAAUACCCGUAUUGGUACAACUUCCAUCAAUGGAACCUUCUUUAACUGAACAAGCUAAGUGACAGGUUCUUUCUUGGGAUUCUAUUCAUCUUCGUUUGCUGUAGACAUCCAUCUGUCUCAAGAUGUCGCUGAAGUGACUUCCCUGAGGUGCAAGCCUCGGCAGUUUGUGUGGAGUUCCUGGGCUGCUCAGAUGACCUCCCUCUUGGCCUCACUGAUGUGAUCCAAAGGGAAGCAGAGCAAUACGCUUGGCACCAGCUUGGCUGCAGGAGUUGCCAGGAAGGAGGUGUACAAGGUGCCACCCAACUGUCUUAAAGACUCCACUCUGGAUUUGUGUUGGGUUUACUCAUUGACCUUCUCCUCUCCCAAAGAUAUCCUGCAACACAGGAGAGGUUUGAGACCAGAGUUUUCCUUCUCCUAGAUGGGCUACCUUCCCAGGUUGCCAAGCCCCAUCUGCCCCUCAUUUCCCUCUGCAGCAUGUGCAGAAACCACCUCCUUAACUGUUAGACCCACUGUUGGUCUCAUCCUCUCAAUCUGCCAGAGCCUCUCUUCACAUGCAGGGGAAGUCCCUAACUCACCAAGGGUUUAAGGCCUAUUGGCUACCCUCACCUGGUUUAGCUGUCCAGUUGAAGCUGUUCCAGGGUGUGGUUGCUGUUGCAUGCCGACAGCUUCUAGAAGCCACAGGUGAGAGCCAAGUGCAAGGUGGAGACCAAAGGUGGACAAACUACCUCAGAAGGAGCACGAUGUGUUCCCCAUCAGAGGUACUGUCCCUCCCUUAACACGCCAUGCAAAAUACCCCAAUAUGUAUUAUGGCUUUUUAAACCAUGCCAGAGAGGAAAAGAACAAGGUUGAAAUCAAUAGGUCCAAGCUAUUUAUUAACUGCCCUGUGUAUAGAAAUUUAGAAAGGUAGUAUACAAAUUAAAUGAAAUGAAGGUCAGGAAUGUGGUCCUCUUGCUGUUGGACUCCAACUCCCAUAUGCCCCAACCACUAUGGCCAAUGGUCACAUAUAAUAGGAACUGCAAUCUAACAACAUCUAGAGAUCCACUGACUCUCCAUCUCUCCUGUAUCCAAUAAUCAAGGCAGAAGUAAAUCAUACUUUAUUCUGGAAUCUGCAGUGAGUGCCCAGCGCUGCUCAGGAAUUCGUAGAAACCAAAACGUAUUUUGAUUUUAAAAUGGAUAGUAUAAAUUGUGAGUUUGGGCCCUUCAGGCCCCAAAUCAGGCAAAGUCACACCAAGGCCACGUUUCUGCCUGCCAUCUUGAUUCAAAAUGGCACCCGGUGUCCAGGUGUCUGCAAAGACUGCUGCUCCCACCUUGGGAAUCCUUGUGCCACGUUAGACAGCAGUAUCUCAAGCGGAGGCUGAACUCGUAGAGAACAGACAGACAGACCACUUUCCAUAAUAAAUAGUAGAUAAAAGUAACAACCAUAGUAAUACUGAACAAGUAUGUCUGGGCUUAGCAAUUCUGCACUGUGACUUCCCAUCUUUAUUUAAAGGCUGACUCCUUUUUGCUAUUACUCUCAGCUGUGUUAAAAGAAGACUUGAAAGGAAACACCAUACUGAAUCACCAGAGUUUUCUUCAUCCGUGUUAGACAGCACACACCUAUCUUUGUAGCUGUAUCCUAUUGCAAACUUAUGGGAUGGGGAAGAAUGACUUUUAUGCUUGACCUUUGAGCUGUAUUGUUCUAAUUCUCAAUUACUGUGAUUGCCUUCCGUUGAGGUUGCGUUGCAUCUAGUUAAUCAUUUCUUAGUGACCCACCUUUGUACAGGAAAAGGGAAUGAAGAAAACAUAAGCGUUUUUAUGGCAUUUACUCCCACAAGGGGUAGUGACAGCCAUCAACUUGCAUUGCUAUAAAUGAGGACUAGGCAAUAUCAUGGAGGAUAAGGUCAUCAGUGGCUGCUAGCCAUUAUGGCUAUGUCCUACUUUUACUGUUGGAAGCAUUAUGCCUCGUUGGCUACCAGUUGCUAAGAGCCACAGAUGCGAAGAGAGCUGUUGUGGUCAGAUCCUGUUUGCGGGAAUCCCAUGGGCAUCUGGUUGGCUCCUGCAAGACAGGAUACUGGACUAGAUGUGGAUACUCAGUCCUCAUUGGCCUGUUUGACACAUUUUCCAGCUUCCUGUAUCUUCCUUCCUUCCUCCCUUCCUUCCUUCCUUCCUUCCUUUCCCCCCAGGGGGAAGAGGGCGGUGGUGCAGACUCCCCCCCCCUAAAAAAAACACUCCAGUGUCUCCAAGAACCAAUUCUUCUUCUUCUAGCAGGGAAAGAAAGGGAGAUUCCUGGUUGCGGAUUUCCCCUCCUGCUUUGGGAGGUUGGGCUGGGGAGAUAAGUUCCUUUGGACCUGCUCCCAAUCAAGGCAGGCACUCGGGGCUGCUCUCACCCUUUCCUCACUGUCCUCCGCACUCCCCUCCUCCUCCUCCUCAGCUGGGGCUACUGCGCAUGGGGAGGCAGGGAAGGUGACCUAGAUGAUCAGAGGUCUGGAAGCCAAGCCUUAUGAGGAAUGGUUGAAGGAGCUGGGUAUGUUUAGCCUGGAUAAGAGCAGACUGAUAGGAGAUACGACUGCCAUCUUCAAAUAUCUCAAGGGCUGUCACAUGGAAGAGGGGAGAAGCUUCUUUUCUCCUGCACUGAAGUAGGGUUGCUAUGUCUUGAAGAGCAAGAAAGGGAACAGCCUGAGCUGCUGCCAGCCUGAGCUGGGGGAAGAGGCCCUGCCAUGCCCGUGUGCCUCUUUCGCCGGCUCGAGCUGGCAGCAGCUGCAGCCAAACAAAAAACCCAUACCUACCCAACCCUGACAGUUCCAGUUGGACAUGUUGGUCCUCCCCCCCGAAAAAGACAUGUCCAAGAUUUCCCAGGUGUAUGGCAACCCUACUCUGGAGGGUGGGACUUGAACCAAUGGCUUCAAGUUACAAGAAAGGAUAUUUUGACUAAAUAUUCGGGGGAAAACUUUCUGACAGUAAGAGCUGUUCGGCAGUGGAAGAGUCUAACUCCUUGGAGGUUUCUAAGCAGCGGCUGGAGGGCCAUCUGUCAUGGAUGCUUUAGCUGAGAUUCCUGCAUUGCAGUGGGAUUGGACUCAAUGACCCUCAGGAUCCCUUCGAAUUCUACGAUUCUAUGUUCUGACUGGGUGCUUUGGCAUUGUGCCAACUCCUAAAAUUAAAUCCUUUGGUCUUCCGAAUGGACCAUCAUUUGGUCCUUCUGACUCAAUCUGAUUGCAGGGACUGUAUGUUUAAGUAAAGGUUCCUCCUACUGCAUCCCAGCCUGGCUCCUCCCAAACUGUAAAGGGAUUUAUUGCCAAAGCAACAACUCCAGGACUCCAAGGCAGAGUCAUUUAAACUUUGGAGGCUUGGCAUUGCAGCUUUGUGGCUUGAGCUCCUGGCUGUCAUGGAUGUGCCAGAGGUGAUCUGGGGCUUGCUGCGCAUUUUGCUCGCGGUGGCCCUUCUGGCUUUUGGCCUUUAUUGCUGCUACAUAAAAUCAAUCCACAUGAAGUAUGAUCAUAUCCCUGGCGCCCCAAGGGUGAGGUAAGAGGCUGGUGGGGUUGUGAUACUUAAUGGGAGAUGCCACAGGGAGGGGGCUGCUAAUUCUCUUGGACCUCCGAAUCGCAAUGUACAAAUGUGUGUCUUGUGUGUUUUGUGGCCAGACUUUGACAGGAGGAGGGGGCAGGGCUGGCAGGGCAUUCCUGCACAGGAGGAAGGAGGUGGUGGUGGGCUUUUCGCCUCAGGUGGCAGAACAUCCUGACCCUGGUGUGGCUGGUUGUAGUAUCUGGAAUACAGUGGUGCCCCGCAAGACGAAUGCCUCGCAAGACGGAAAACCCGCUAGACGAAAGGGUUUUCCGUUUUGGAGGUGCUUCGCAAAACGAAUUUCCUAUGGGCUUGCUUCGCAAGACGAAAAUGUCUUGCGAGUUCCUGCAGGGUUUUUUUCCUCCCCCCCCCUUUUCCCCAAGCCGCUAAGCCGCUUAUCAGCUGAUCCUAAGCCGCUAAGCCGCUUAACAGCUGAUCCGCUAAGCCGCUUAUCAGCUGAUCCGCUAAGCCGCUCAUCAGCUGAUCUGCUAAGCCGCUUAUCAGCUGAUCCGCUAAGCCGCUAAUCAGCUGAUUCGCUAAGCCGCUAAGCCGCUUAUCAGCUGAUCCGCUAAGCCCGCUAAGCCGCUAAUAGCGCUAAUCCGCUAAGCCGCUAAUGGGCUUGCUUCGCAAGACGAAAAAACCGCAAGACGAAGAGACUCACAGAACGGAUUCUUUUCGUCUUGCGAGGCACCACUGUAAUAAUUUUAAAAAUGAACAGGCAUGCAAGUUUACGGUGUCCCCUUUGUCGCAGUGGGAUGGGUCAUGGGCUGUUAUUUCUGGGAUGGGUAAUGCAUGUUCCUUGGAGAUUCGUGUGAAUGAAUGAACUUUAUUACGGUCACAGACCAGGAUAAAAAACAACAACAUAUAAAUAAAAUAGCAGUUAGGAUUUUUUUAAACUGAUAAAUGUUGGAGCAAAUAAGGACAAAGAAACAAGCAUAGGAUAAAACAUCUGAAUAAAAUACAAGAUUAAACACGGAUAAUGGAUGGAUAAAAACUGAGAAUUAAAGCAGAUAAGAACUAAAAACAAAUAAAAACAUGCAGUUAAAACAACUGUAAGAGCAUAAGAACUAAAAGACUCGCAGUUAAAACAACUAUAAGAGGCUGUAGAGUAGAAGCCUCUGAAAUAGAUGACACUCACAGCAUUAGAAACUGAUGUGCAAAUAUGGUUAAAACAGGCAAUUAAAACAAUGUACAACAAUGAAUUUAGAAACAAUGUGCAACAAUAAACUAUCCCAGGGAGUUGACUCAGAGUCACCCAUGGAACCGAGUUUGGGGAUUUUCAUGCCGGACUAUUUUGAGUUGGGCGAUGGUCUGCGCCUACAGAUCUGUGCACAGAAUCUGGCGACCAUCCAGGUCUUCUUCUUAUCUUUGCCUAACAGCAAAAGGUCAAAUUUUUGCUUUUGCGGGAGGUCGGCGAGCCUCACCAGUAGGGGAUCAAUGAACUUACUACGUGCCUCUUCGUAAAAGGGACAUUUAAAGAACAAGUGUUCUGGGCUUCCUAUCUCUCCCAGUGGAUAGGUGCAAAGUCUCUGGGCAUAGGAGACUUUACUAAAGGCUCCAUCCAGGACCGGCGAUGGAAGAGCCAUGCUUCUGGCGAGUGUAAAGGCCCUUCUUGCAUUUCUAGAUACAAGAAAGAAGAGGUAUGCUGCCGGUAUAUCUCUCAAUUUCUCCAAUUUUAUAGUCGGGGCACCUUGCGCAGUCCUGUUGUCUCUCGGUAUCUAAUAUUCUUUGCCUGACCGUGGCUUUUGCCUGGCCCAAGCCCAGACUUAGAAGGGCUUGAGGGGCAAAACCCAGCUUCUGGAGGGUGUUCAGAACUGCAGUCUGCCAGCCUGACUGGAAUUGAUCGCAGAGGAUCAGUGGGGCUAUCCCUUGGGGGGAGCAGAUUCAAUGUCAGCCAUUUGUAAAUUGAUGUUAAUCAAAUGCUAGCCUCCACUCUCAUCAUCCCCGUUUCCAAUCUCACCCAUGAGUUUGAGACACAUCUGGGGACUUGGAGGAGAGCUCUAAGAAGUCUAGAUUGAACUCUCUCAAGGGGGGAGAAAGCAGAGGAAGGCGGACCCAAAAAGGAACCAUACAGGAGUUGUGCCAAAAUUUUGGCCUUGUAUAAUUUUAGAGCUGCGGGGACGAAGAAGCCCCCUUGUGCUCUGAAGAAUUUAAGAAUACAAUUUGCUUUUCCCCCCCGCUGAGCUCCCGAUGGAGUUUAUGUGUAGUUUGUUGGUUCCUGAGGCCUGUACCACCAUUUGUAGAUACUUGUAGUUUGUUACUUGUUCUAAUUUAUGGCCUUGGACUUCCCAGCUUCUAAGCUUUGGUUUCCCCCCAAAAGCAAGUAUCUUGGUCUUUUGAUAGUUGAUUUUGAGACAUUCAGAUUCACAGUAUGCUGCGAGCUUUCUUAGUGCUCUUUUAAGACCAAUGGGGGUUCUAGAUAGAAUUACUGCAUCAUCGGCAUAUAGCAGGACCGAAAUAUGCCGAUUUGCAAGCUUCGGCAGGUGGAGUUCUGAGUCAUUGAGUGCAGAUACUAAGUUACUUAGAUAGAAAUUAAAUAAUAGAGGGGCCAAUAGGCACCUUUGCCUGACUCCUUUGAAGGUUUUAAUAGGGUCCGUUAGGUGUCCUACGCGGCUGCACCUGACUCUAAGAGCCGUGUUUGCGUGCAGUGCCUGAAUUAAGAGCAGGAGCCUUUUAUCUGUAUUGGUACCCUGUAGUCUGUCCUGGAGACUGUAUCAAAGGCUGCUUUUAGGUCAACGAAGGCAGCGUAUAGUGAGGCCUGCCCUCCUGAUUUGUAUUUGUUGAUGAGAUGUUGUAGCGUUAGGCAGUGAUCUGUCAUGGACCUUCCAGGUCUGAAGCCCACUUGUUCUAUUGCGAGGAUAUCUUCAUUCUCUAGCCAUUCUGUAAACUUAUUAAGGAGGUGCUUUGCGUAGAGUUUACUGAUCACACUUAAUAGGCUAAUUGGCCCAUAAUUCGCUGGGUCCCCUCUGUUGCCCUUUUUAUAGAUCGGAACUAUUAUGGCUGUUCUCCAUUCCCUUGGGAUGUGGCCAGUGUCAUCUAUGUAGGUGAAGAGGGUGGCUAAGAAAGGUGCCCACCAAUCCGCCUGUGCUUUUAUCAUUUCUGGCGUAAUGCCUGGGGCUUUGGCCGUUUUCAGUUGGUUUAUAUAUGAUUUCACUUCAGUUACUGAAACAGGCGGCCAUUUAGCCAGUUGUUCUAUAUUAUAAUAGUGGAGGUUCAGCGUCCUCAUACAAAGAUUGGAAGAAUGAGACCCACAGGCUAGGGGGAAUUUGUGAGAAUCAUAGAAUCAUAGAAUCAUAGAGUUGGAAGAGACCACAAGGGCCAUCGAGUCCAACCCCCUGCCAAGCAGGAAACACCAUCAGAGCACUCCUGACAUAUGGUUGUCAAGCCUCUGCUUAAAGAAGGAGACUCCACCACACUCCUUAGCAGCAAAUUCCACUGUCGAACAGCUCUUACUGUCAGGAAGUUCUUCCUAAUGUUUAGGUGGAAUCUUCUUUCUUGUAGUUUGGAUCCAUUGCUCCGUGUCCGCUUCUCUGGAGCAGCAGAAAACAACCUUUCUCCUCCUCUAUGUGACAUCCUUUUAUAUAUUUGAACAUGGCUAUCAUAUCACCCCUUAACCUCCUCUUCUCCAGGCUAAACAUGCCCAGCUCCCUUAGCCGUUCCUCAUAAGGCAUCGUUUCCAGGCCUUUGACCAUUUUGGUUGCCCUCCUCUGGACACGUUCCAGUUUGUCAGUGUCCUUCUUGAACUGUGGUGCCCAGAACUGGACACAGUACUCCAGGUGAGGUCUGACCAGAGCAGAAUACAGUGGCACUAUUACUUCCCUUGAUCUAGAUGCUAUACUCCUAUUGAUGCAGCCCAGAAUUGCAUUGGCUUUUUUAGCUGCUGUGUCACUGUUGGCUCAUGUCAAGUUUGUGGUCAACCAAGACUCCUAGAUCCUUUUCACAUGUACUGCUCUCAAGCCAGGUGUCACCCAUCUUGUAUUUGUGCCUCUCAUUUUUUUUGCCCAAGUGCAAUACUUUACAUUUCUCCCUGUUAAAAUUCAUCUUGUUUGUUUUGGCCCAGUUCUCUAAUCUGUCAAGGUCGUUUUGAAGUGUGAUCCUGUCCUCUGGGGUGUUAGCCACACCUCCCAGUUUGGUGUCAUCUGCAAAUUUGAUCAGGAUGCCCUUGAGUCCAUCAUCCAAGUCGUUGAUAAAGAUGUUGAAUAAGACCGGGCCCAAGACAGAACCCUGUGGCACCCCACUAGUCACUCUUCUCCAGGAUGAAGAGGAACCAUUGAUGAGCACCCUUUGGGUUCGGUCAGUCAGCCAGUUACAAAUCCACUGAGUGGUAGCAUAGUCAAGGCCGCAUUUUACCAGCUUCUUUACAAGAAUAUCAUGGGGCACCUUGUCAAAUGCCUUGCUGAAAUCAAGGUAGGCUACAUCCACUGCGUUCCCUUCAUCUACCAGGCUUGUAAUUCUGUCAAAAACGAGAUCAGGUUAGUCUGACAUGACUUAUUUUUCAGAAAUCCAUGCUGACUAUUGGUGAUCACAGCAUUCCUUUCUAGGUGUUCACAGACCGUUUGCUUAAUGAUCUGCUCCAGAAUCUUCCCUGGUAUUGAUGUCAGACUGACUGGGCGGUAAUUAUUUGGGUCCUCUCUUUCCCCUUUUUGAAAAUAGGGACAACAUUUGCCCUCCUCCAGUCUGCCGGGACUUCGCCUGUUCUCCAGGAAUUCUCAAAGAUGACUGCCAGUGGUUCUGAGAUCACAUCUGCCAGUUCUUUUAAUACUCUUGGAUGCAGUUCAUCUGGCCCUGGAGACUUGAAUACAUCUAAACUAGCCAAGUAUUCUUGUACUAUCUCCUUAGUUAUUCUGGGCUGUGUUUCCUUUGCUGAAUCAUUUGCUCCAAAUUCUUCAGGUCGGGCAUUGUUUUCUUUAUCGGAGAAGACUGAGGCAAAGAAGGCAUUGAGGAGUUCAGCCCUUUCUGUGUCCCCUGUUUGCAUUUCACCAUCUUCUGCUCUGAGUGACCCCACUGUUUCUUUGUUCUUCCUUUUGCUACGAACAUACCCAUAAAAGCCUUUUUUGUUGCUUUUAACCUCUCUAGCAAGCCUGAGUUCAUUCUGUGCUUUAGCUUUUCUGACUUUGUGUCUACACGUGCUGGCUAUUUGUUUGAAUUCCUCUUUGGUGGUUUUACCCAUUUUCCAUUUUUUGUACACAUACUUUUUUUAAUAUUAACUCAGUUAAAAGUUCUUUAGAUAGCCACCCUGGCUUCUUUAGGCACCUUCCAUGUUUCCGUCUCAUUGGUAUUGCCUGACGUUGUGCUUUUAGUAUCUCCCUCUUAACAAACUCCCAGCCAUCAUGAACUCCCUUUCCUUUUAGUAUUACUGUCCAUGGGAUCUCACCCAGCACUUCCCUAAGUUUUAUGAAGUCGGCUUUCUUAAAGUCAAGAAAUUGAGUCCUAGUAUGCUUGGCUGCUCCUUUCCACUGUAUAGUAAACUUCAGAAGAGCAUGAUCACUCGCGCCUAAUGAUCCUUCCACUUCUACCCCACUAACCAGGUCAUCAACAUUGGUUAGGACCAGAUCUAAAAUGGCUGUUCCUCUUGUUGCUUCUCCCACUUUCUGGACAAUGAAGUUGUCUGCAAGGCCAGUGAGGAAUCUGUUUGACCUUAUGCUCUUGGCUGAGUUUGACAUCCAACAAAUAUCCGGGUAAUUGAAGUCCCCCAUUACUACUAUCUCCCUUCCUUUUGCAUGCUUGGCCAUCUGUUCCAGGAAGGCAUCAUCUAUGUCCUCCGUUUGGCUUGGGGAUCUAUAGUAAACUCCCACAAUGAGGUCACUGUUAUUCUUCUCUCCCUUAAUUUUGACCCAAAUGCUCUCACUUUGGCUUUGAGGUUCUAAAUCUUGGAUCUCUUCACAGGUAUACACAUCCCUGACAUAUAACGCCACACCUCCUCCUUUCUUGUCUGGUCUGUUUCUCUGAAAUAGAUUGUAUCCCCCCAUUAUUACAUUCCAAUCGUGUAAUCAAACCAGGCUUUAUUUGAUGUUAUUGGCUUAGCUGGCCUUUUCUCUGUGGUAUUAAAAAGAUAGGGUUUCAAUUGUUGGAGCAGGCUCUCAUACUUGGAAACUGGGUCCUCAGGCCUAGGAUUAUUCCCAAAGCCAGUUAAAAUUAUACAGAGUUUUUCAGAGGUUAGAAUCUUCUUCAGUUUGGAAUCAAGUGCAGGGGUCCAUUUGACUCAGCAACCAAGUCACUCUAAUGCGGUGAUCUCUGCAGGGUAUACUGUUCUCAGGAAGGGUGACUCAUUUAACAGAGACACCUGGAGGUGCAAAGGGAAAUGGUCCCCCUCUAUGAAUGGGAGCACUUUUAAAUUCACUAUUUUUGUUAGCAAUUUGCUGUCCGCCAACAUAUAAUCAAUUGUGCUGGAUCUUACCCCAGACAUGAAUGUAUAUUCCCCGGGGAUGUCGCCCCUGGUGCAACCAUUUAGGAUAUGAAGAUUUAGCUGCCUAGAGAGUUUGAGGAGGCAGGCUUCAGCAAAAUUUGAAUGUUGAUCCUUUGACUGCCUUGGUAGUUGUAAAGCCUCCGGGCCAAAGUCGUCAGGGUACCCUAUUUUUUGCCUGUAUCUGGUUUCUAAACUGGGGUCAUCAGGACCUAACCUUGCAUUUAGGUCACCCACCAGCAGGACCUUUGCUCCCGGAUAGUUUGUUAUCAGUAACCUUAUUUCAUUCCUCUGCAUGAAUAGCUUCUAGGAUUCCCAGGCAGUCCAUGAAGAUUGAGCCAAUUCCCGGCGCUGGCACCACUAGCUCUACUUGUUGCUAUUUGGAUUGGGCUAUUGGAGGGGGUGUAGGAGAGCCCGUUUCUUCUGGACACAGAUGUCGACAAGUUGUCCAUUCUUCAUUGGUUAAAGGCUUUGAUUUGCAAUUGAUGUAAUUAAAUUCCAUGGGAGGAGGCGGGGCUAGAGGUGGAAGUGACUUCCUUAUGGUCGAAAGUCUUUCAAUAAGUGCAUCCUGGGAAAGUAGGAUCUGCUCAAGGUAGGUUGUUAGGAGUUGUUCAUCCUUUGAGGAGAAAUCCUUUUCUAGCUUAUUUGGUGAGGGCGGGGUUUUGUACAGCCUGCCAGAUUGUUUAAGAUUGCCAGCCUCUGGGUAGAGCAGUUUACCGUUUCCGGCGCUGUUGGAUUCUGCAGUGCUGAUUUUGGUUUUUGUUCUGGCUGGCCUAUGUGCUCCUAGAAGUGGUAAAGGGUCUUCGAUGUUUUCGAAGAAACGGUGCACAAGCAAGCCAGCUCUCAGGAAAUUGUCUUUAUUUGAAAGGGUCUGUUUAGUUGAGAGCCCGUCCUUAAAAGUCACUAUAGCCCUAUUUUGGGCCAUAUCAUGAGGGAGGAAUUUUACGUUGAUGAUAUUUUCUGCUGUCACAAGGCCCCUGGUGACUAUUCCGAUUUUUUCGGAAAUAUUUACUUUUCUUUGAGCAUAUGAUGGGUGUCCUCUAUUUGUGGGAAGUAUUGUGAAGGCAAGUUUGUGAUUAUUUAACGUUAGCUUCCAACAAGUCUGUGUUGUUUUAUCUUGAUCCUUUUUUGUUAUAUUAGGGUACACAGGAUUUAUUUGCGAUGUCAAGAGAAGGGUUGGUUGCUUGGGAGCUGAAAUUUCCUUUGGUUUUCCUAUUUCCCCACUAGAGGGCGGUGUGUGAUCUGCUGGGGCGUGGGGCUUUUCCUCAGAGUGCUUUGUUGGCAUGCAUGAGUUUGUGAUUUUCUUUUGGGUUGUAGAAGCAGAGUUCUUGUUAUAUUCUCCAGCACCUUAAAAAGCUUCUGGAAAUUCAUUUUUUUAGUCCGGCAGGUCGGCGCUCCUUUUUGGCCUCUGUGCUGGUCCAGGGGGGAGAUUACCGUGGGGCAAGGUCCAGGACCUGAGUUGAGGGUCAGCAGACAGUCCUCCACGGGCGAAGCGGGGUCCACAGCGAGAAGCCGGGCAAGGACAGGAACUCUGGGGGAACAGGACCGGAUGCUGGCCGAAACAGCUCUUCAACGACAUUGCUCCCGCAACCUGGGACCGGGCUGACUGGCCUUUAUCUUCUCUGAGGCCAGGGGCGGUCCCGGCCCCCAGGAGACCCGCCUCUCCUGGCCUUAAGGUGAGCACUCCUCCUGGGAGAAACCAGUUCCCUUCACCUCUCUGCCCUGAGCCUCUGCAGUUCAGGAGAGGCUGGAAGGUUACUGGGCCCAGGGGGAGACUCACCUGUAGGCACUGUGUCCUCAACCACCUCUGGAGCCACAGUGGAUUCACCUGGUGCUUGCUCCUGAGGAUCCGGCACAGGUGGAGGCGCUUCAGAAUCAAGGCCCUGCCCCAGCUCAGCCGGCCCUGGAGGUGGGGACUCCCGUGCAGGCUGGGAUUCCUCCGGUUCAGCCUCUGAAUCGGAUUCCCAGGCCAUCACAGCCUCUCAGUUUGAUGUUUUUGGUCUUCUUCAUUUUUUGUGUUGAGCAUUUUCUCUUUAAGGUCAGUUUCUUGGGAGCAAGCGACCCUCCCUCCUGCACUGAAUUGUUUCUGUUUGUUUUUUUGUAAUCGAGUCCCGGCUUAGUUUCACCUCCAUUAGUCCUAGUCCCAGAUGUCAUGUGAGGGAAAGCGACCUCAUGGUUCUUAAUCAAUUCAGUUAGGGUGGUAAGCAGGUUCAAGCUUUCCGAAAGGAAAUUUUUAAUUGGCUCAAGUUCUUUGCUUAUCUGUGUGAAAUGAGUUUUGAGUAACUCUUCGAACAUCCCUGACAAGUAGAAAAUAAGGUUGUCCGGGUACGGUACCCUUAAGCUGUUUGGCCAUUUGUCUGUCUCAGUCGGCUCAGUCGGGGAAGGGCACCUUAAAUUCUCUCCUGAUAGGGAGGGGAGGCUCGUUUGACAUGGCUUCUAGGUUUUCCAGGAAUAGCUCCUGUUCUAAACUUGCUUCAGGUCCCUCUUUGGCUAGCUCAGCUUGUUUUAGUUCUGUUGCCAGGUCCACUCCCUCACCUCCGACGUUAGUUUUUUUCUCCCUUCCAUUCCAGGUGUGGUCAAUAGACCACUCAUGAGAAUGGAGGUUUCCUGGAUUAUUUGCUUCAUCAGCCUUGGGAUGGAAGUAGGUUGAAAUUUUGGCCUGUUUUUUAUUUGUGGGAGUUGUUACAGGUUGUAAAGGUGAAAUCCCCAGUUCUUUGCAACAUUGUCUUGUAAGUACCAUCUUCGUACUCAGAAAUAAAUGGGGCUAUUUUAUCCAACCCACAGCUUUAUGGGCUUUUCAAGGGAGGUGGUUCGAAGUUGAUUUAAGUAGUUUUAAAAGGGAGGGGAGGUUUAAAAGUCCACCCGACAGCUCCCGGAGUCUUUUACUGAUAAAAGUUGGCAGAUAUUUUCAUAGGUUGAGCCUUUUUAUCAGGGUAAUUUGAUCAUUAGAGCUCCUACUCACGCAGCAGAGACUCAGUUGAGGCUUGACCCGGCGCCAUCUUCCCCCCACUUCCCCCCACCAAUAAGGUGUGUGAAAUCACAUAGGCACUCCUGAUUUGAUUUCAGUGCAAAAUACUGUACGAUGUUCUUCAUAUAGUUUCAUAACAUCCUGUUUCUUUUUUAAAAAAAAUUGCAGCUUUUUGCUUGGACAUGGGCCACUCAUUUGGAAAACGGUUAAAAACCAGGAGCCAUUGGGUGAUCUCUUUCUGCAGUGGUAAGUUACUUUCAAUUUUUCAGAGAGCUUGGUAUAAGAAGCUAUGUACAGGGGUCAGCAACCUUUUUCAGCCGUGGGCCAGACUGUAUUCUGAAAAAAACUAAUGAACGAAUUCCUAUGCCCCACAAAUAACCCAGAGAUGCAUUUUAAAUAAAAGCACACAUUCUACUCGUGUAAAAACACCAGGCAGGCCCAACAAAUAACCUAGAGAUGCAUUUUAAAUAACAGGACACAUUCUACGCAUGUAAAAACACGGUGAUUCCCGGACCGUCCGUGGGCCGGAUUGAGAAGGCGAUUGGGCUGCAUCUGGCCCCUGGGCCUUAGGUUGCCUACCCCUGGGCUAUGAGCUUCAAUGCAAAUUCAGACCAACAAUCUAUGUAGCCAAGAACCUUUUCCCCAGCUGGGCAUGUUAGGGGAAAUAUGUCACUACUUGCAGAAUGGGAAAGUGAAUAGGAAAUGUCAGUGCUGUAGUCCCAGUUUGUGCAAAACAAGGUUUUCCUAGAGUGCCCUAUGGUUUGCCAUAAAAUUGGAGGGAUGGGGAAUUAAGAAAGGAAUGUGCAGCCAUCUACACAACUCCUAUGUAGCACGAACCCAACCCAAUAUGUACAUUUCCAUUAACUCUCUUGAGUAAAGGGAAGGUGGGUAUAAAAUCUAGAAAUCAUCAACUACGUCCUUGAAAGUUUAUUUUGCUUGUUAGUAAUUUACAAGAGUUUUCUACAGCAAGGGCAAAGUUGAAAAUUUCUACUUCCAGUCCAUGAAUGACUUCAGAUAUGAAAUAUUUUCCAUAUACAGUGGUACCUCUGGAUGCGAACGGGAUCUGUUUCAGAGCCCCGUUCGCAUCCAGAAGCAAAUGCAACCUGCAUCCGCGCAUGCGCAGGUCGCAUUUUGCCGCUUCUGCGCAUGCGCGUGACGUCAUUUUGACCGUCCUCACAUGCAUGAGCAGCGAAACCUGGAAGUAACACGCUCCGUUACUUCUGGGUCGCUGCAGCGUGCAACCCGAAAAUACUUAUCCCGAAGCUACUUCAACCCGAGGUAUGACUGUACCAGGGAUAGGGUCCAAUCUUAUAUUUGUCCCCAUUUGAGGGUGGAGGGCAUUAUUUCAAUAUUCUUCUUAGCAGAUGGUGUUAGUGGACUAUCCACCCUCUGAAAUUGUUGAAAUUCAGCACUGCUCUGGAAUCUCCAAAGGUCAAAUCUCCACCCCCACUCACACAGUAGGGCCUCCUCUUAUUCCACAUGAUGGUGGCAUGUAUUGUCCAGAAGGAACAACUUAUUCACAAGAGAAACUUUGCACAAUCUUGGCAACAAAAGCAUAUUUUUUUGUUCCAGUUUUUCUAAACAUGACUGCAACAUUCCAUAUAACUUGCUGGUUGCUUAUCUCUGGCAAGCUUUCCCUUUCCUUUUUAAAUACUUUGGGUGACUUUCUCUUCAUAGGGCUGAAGAAUAUGGACCAGUCGUGCGUUUUAAUGUACUUCACAAAGCUGUGGUCUUAGUAUUAAGCCCCGAAGGAGUGAAGGUACUGUCACAAUUCUACAACUUCAGAGGGGCAAUAGUUUAUCUAGGGCUUUUAUUCCCUUUGAAUGGUUACUGGAGAUUCACUUGAAUUUUGAGACCUAUGGUUUAUUUGUGCACAUGUGCAGGCUGACCGCAGGUGAGACAGUUCCAAAGCGUAAGCUGCUCUGAUAGACACUACAUCACCGCUAGGCUUCUAGUACCUUUGGCGUUUCCAAUAAAUCCCAUAGCUCUCACUUUUUCCUUAGACUCCCUCCCUCUAAAAUGGCCUUCCCCAGCUUUGUGUCCUCCAAAUGUUUUGGACUACAGUUCCCAUCAGCCCCAGCCAGCAUGUCCUGAACAUCUGGAGGACACCAAGGUCAAGCACAGAAAACUGGUCCAGGUCCCAACAUAAUCUGUGAUAAGGUCAUGGAACAGCCUAUAGUCACAGGAAGUUCAACAAGGUCAUAAAGGAGAUGGUUGCCUUCCACCACCACCAUUAGGCCUAAGGAACCAGAGACUUGUCUUGUUUCUAACAACUGGAAGGCUCAAGAGGAAGGGCUUAUCCAUACUGGUCUUCUAACCACAGAUGCUGGUCCUGAAGGAGUUCCAGGGAUAGCUUCAUCAUGACAACUCUGGGUUCAUACGUGUAUACUAUGUUCUUGCUCUCAGACCUGGACCUUUUUUGGCACCGGGGUUCUCAAGGACAAGCGGUGGUGGUGACUCCACCUCCUUCUCUGUCAGCCCUAGAGGUUCUUCAGCAGGUCCCAGAUGGUCCCUCCAGUGGAUCCUCAGGAUUGGUUUCAGGGGACCCUGCCUGCUCCUCAAGGUCCUUGACCUGUGAGGUGUCUUGUUUGUCCUCUGUGGGUUCCAUGUCUGGUACCAGAUCAAGCAUGUCUCCAAGUUGCUUCCCCUACCAUGUGGGGCUGACCCACCUGCCAAGCAAAGUCCUGUGCAAAAGAUCCGCCAAAUUUAAGCAAAGUAUUAGAAAUAACUACCCUCAGUUGGACCCCCUGUUUUUAAAGGCAGAAGGAAGGUACCCACCUGCCCCAUCCUCAGUUUUGAGCCCAGCACACUGAUGUUAGAAAUCAGUUCUCCUAAAUUUAGCAAUUGAUAUUCUUAGUAAUGAGAUUAACCGAAUUUCAGAAAACUGACCAAAGGAUUUAAUUUUAGGAGUGCCUGUUGUCACCACAGUACCCAAAAGACCAAGAAUAUGAACGUUCUUGUAAUAUAUUUGGAGAAAGGUGAGUUAAUAUAAAAGUAAGUUACAAUCAAUAAGUAUGACGAAAUGACAGCCAAUUUCCAGCAAAUUUGUUGGGUUCUACUGGACAGAUGUAUAAAUUUAUGGAAGACAAAGAUAUGAAUGGCUGUUGGCCAUGAGAGCUGUGUUCUUCUUCCGGUGUCUGAAGAAACACAACUCUGAACACAAGUUGCUAGAAGUCACAAAUGGGGAGAGAGCUGCUACAUUCAGGUCCUUCUUGCUGACUUUUCAGCUGUAUUUGGUUGUGAAAACAUAAUAUUGGACCUGUUGGGCCUUUAGUCUUAUCCAGCACCAUUCUUCUUAUGCUCUUUUGAAAUAAACGUAUUUUAUACAUAUACAAAAUCAGUAUAGUAUAAGAACCAGCGUGCAACCCAGGUAAUAAUAAUUAUUAUUAUUAUUAUUAUUAUUAUUAUUAUUAUUAUUUAUACCCUACCGUUCUGGCUGGAUUUCCACAGUCACUCUGGGCAGCUCCCAACCGAAUAUUAAAAACACAAUAAAACAUCAAACAUUAAAAACUUCCCUAAACAGGGCUGCCUUCAGAUGUCUUCUAAAAGUCAGAUAGUUGUUUAUUUCCUUGACAUCUAAUUGGAGGGUGUUCCACAGGGCAGGCGCCACUGCCAAAAAGGCCCUCUGCCUGGUUCCCUGUAACAUCACUUCUCACAGUGAGGGAACCACCAGAAGACCAUCAGAGCUGGACCUCAGUGUCUGGGCUGAACAAUGGGGGUGGAAAUGCUCCUUCAGGCCCUUUGAGGCUUUCAAGGUCAGCACCAACACUUUGAAUUCUGCUCCGACACAUACUGGGAGUCAAUGUAGGUCUUUCAGGACUGAUUGUUAUUUGGUUUCGGCGGCCACUCCCAGUCACCAGUCUAGCUGCCACAUUCUGGAUUAAUUGCAGUUUCCAGGUCAUCUUCAAAGGUAGCCCCACGUAGAGCGUAUUGCAGUUAUCUCCAAGCGGGAGAUAAGUAGCGAAUGCACCACUCUGGUGAGACAGUCCGCAGGCAGGUAGGGUCUCAGCCUGUGUACCAGAUGGAGCUGGUAGACAGCUGCCCUGGAUACAAAAUUGACCUACGCCUCCAUGGACAGCUGUGAGUCCAAAAUGACUCCCAGGCUGCGCACCUGGUCCUUCAGGGGCACAAUUACCCCAUUCAGGACCAGGGAGUCCUCCACACAUAACUAGCUUUUUUUCUUUCUUUUUUACGAUGCCUCUCCUGGCUUAGAAGCCAUGAUUUUCUGUUGCUACUGUCCAAACUUUUCCAUAUAGGAAAGCCUUGAAAAGUAAACUCUGUAUUUCACAAGUGAAGUUUAAAUUCCAUUUCAGGGUUCCAUAUUCACUGAAUGAUCCCCUGGACAGAUACAAACACAUUCAUCCUAGAUAGCUGUGGAGCAUACAGUGCUAGGACCAGCAUGCUGUCAUCUGGCAGUGCAGACUGAAAAGAAGACUCUGGGUUCACAAGCUCACAAGUUUGGAAGUGCUAUUCAUGUAGUAGACAUGUGCACCCUGAAGAAUGCCUAUAGCCUUUUACCUAGUUAGCUGUGGAAGUCUUCCUGAAUACUCCAUGCAAUCCAUAGCAUAAGCAAGAAGAGUCCCAAAGCGGCUCAGAACAGAAUGGUUUACUAGGUACACCAGUAAAUCCACAAUGUGGCUCAAAGGUUAACAACUGGAAAAUAUUUAUGCUGCAGUUUAAGGGUGGAUACAUAAACUUUCCCCCACCUGCCUGGCUUCUGGUAACCUGUGAUUCCAGAGAGGUGACUUUUGCAGCUGGGUAAAAAGUGAGUGGAGAAUCCACUGCCUCUUUCCUCCCCUGCAGACGGCGACUUUUAAAGAUGUUCCAUGGAGAGUGUUUGCAGACCUAGCUGCACACUGUGCAUAAGACCAGCCUCAAUUUGUGACCCACUAAAUUAUAUGUAGCCCAAGAGCUUUCUAUGGGGGUUUGCCAGAGCCUUGAUAAACUCCCUGUUCUUUUUGCCUGCCUGGAGGCUGCAUAAAGUAAGGAUGUCUGGCACCUUGCAUGUCACAAUCAGUGGUUGGGUUGCAGCCUCAUCCCUAGCUACCCCAAUCAUCCCUAGCUACCAGGACCAGUGGUCAGGGAUGACGGGAGUUGUAGUACAACAACAUCUGGGGACUCAAGAUUGAGAAAGGCUGGGUAGGUCACAAGUUGUGCAUGCCUGGCAGAGAUGUGGACAGACUUGGACUUACAGUGGUACCUCGGUUUUCAGGCGCCUCUGUUGCCGAACGUUUCGGUUUUCGAACGCCGAAAACCCAGAAGUAAAUGCUUCCGUUUUCAAACACGCUUCGGAAGUCAAACAGCUUCCACUGUGUGUAUCUGUUGUUUUUCACAAUUUCCUCUAUUGAAUUGGCAGACCGUCCUUUGCACCUUGGUUUUUGAACAUUUCGGAAGUCGAAUGGUCUUCCGGAACGGAUUACCUUUGAAAACCGAGGUUCCACUGUAUUUUGGAUCCCUGUCUGGAGAAUCAUGAGGUUAGGAGGAAUAUUUAGCAAUGAAAAUUUAGUGGGUAGCAUUUAUUUAAAAUGCCAAAUUGUACCAUAUUAAGAAAAGGCAGACAUGUGAAAAUUAAAGAGGGGGAGUUGACAAAAUAAGAGUUUAUGUUCACACAUCUAAGGCUCAGUUCUGGUAAUCCUUCAAAACAAGGUUUGAAAUAUUGGAAACAUGCUGUUAGAAUCAUGUCCUCCCUUCUUUCUUCCUUCAUGUACGCCAAUCUCUUCCUUUUUCUGGUUUCUUCUAACCACUUUUUACCACGACUUCUGAAUCAGGCAAACAAUGACCAGAAUUUAUUCCAAAGCCUGGUUUUGCAAAACCAGCUUCAAACGCAUUAGUGUGUAUUUUGUCAAGUUCCAAUAUCAUGGCAAACAAAGGUGGGAAACAAAAAAUGAAGAAAGAACUCCAUGGAAGUCUGUGGCACAUUCCUGAUUCUCCACACUAGAUUAGAAUAUGACAUCUGAACUAGUCCAUGCUGGGUGUAAUGUUUUUCUUCAUUUCCCGCAGAUUUUUGGGGAAUGGCUUAGUAAGUGACCUCGACCAUGCCCGCUGGUACAAACAGCGGAGAAUUAUGGAUGUGGCUUUCAGUCGAAGGUAAGGCAGAGAACAUAGGCAGCUGCCUGAUGCUAUGACCAGUGGUCCAUCUUGCUCAGCAUUCAUCUACAGUGGCUUGCCGCAGUUCUCCAGUGCUUCAGAUAAGAGUCGUUCCCACCCUCCCAAGAGGAACCAGAGACUGAAUUUGGGGCCUUCUUCAUGUACUUUGUGCACAGAAGGUCCUGGAUUCAGUCUCUCCAGGUAGGGCUGGAAAAGACUCCCUUGGGACUCAGCUACACAGCUGCAAAACACAGCUGUUCUAAAUGUGUUGCGAAGUGCAAUAUACAAAUGUGACACUAGAUGGCGAAAGUGAGCUAUGCCAAAUUCAACGUAUUUUCCAAAACGUUUUUAGAAAAAGCAUUUUCCCAGCGUUUUUAAUAUGUGUGUAGAUUCCAGCACUGAGAGUCACUGCCAUUCAGUGUAGACAGUGCUGAGCCAUAUGGACCAGAGGUAUGACUGGAUAAAAUGGCUUCAAAUGUUCCUAUGGAUUUUCUAAAAGAAAUUCUUAAUUAGAGGUGCAAGAAACUGCUCUGAAGGAUUAUUGUGCAUGAUCUUAUAUCUCAUUAAUAUAAGAAAUUCAGGUUAGGGACAACCUCCCAGCACAAAAAAACUGGAUUGUUGUUGGUGAUGGUGGUGUGUUGGGAAAGUCCUAGAUGUCUCAUUCUGGCAAGCAACAGCCACUGCCUUAAUUGCAGCUCUGCGAACACUUUCCAAAGCUGCACAACUGUUAGACUUGUGAAUUGAUCUGCAUAUUCAUUAGCUUUUCUUUUUUUAAAAAAAAUCAAACUGUAUUAUGAACAAAUAUAGCAAAUUUAAAUCCUUUUUCAGAGCAGCUUUACUCUAUUUGCUGUGAGUGUGUGUGUGUGUAUCCAUUGAAGAAAAAAAUGAGUUUAGUCCAUGAAAGGCUAGACAUAUCGUGCUGUUCAGUUUCCAACCUCACUCUCCAUCAGUGAAAUAUAUUGGCAGAAAAAGAGAACCUCAACAUGUAAUAAUUCCAUGGGAUGCCAUUCUGCAUGGUGAGUGUGAAGUGUAGCCUUAGCAAACCAUCGCCAAAGCCAGCAGGUUCCUUUGCAUUGAUAUUAGUGCAUGGAUUGCCAACACACCUGGACAUUGGAAGGCUGUCCUCCCCCCAAGUCUAAUUGCACCAGGGUCACCACUGAGGGGUAACUCUUCCUUCCUCAUCUGCAGUUGGCUUCAAAAACCUGGAAUUGUUGCUUUGAGCCUAAUUGUUGCUGUUUGUGUGUGAGCGAGAGAUUGCAGCUUGGUAGAAAAGGUUUGUCAUAUGCUGAAGAAAUAUGCAUUGACCCUGGCCUUUGAAACUUGAGAUGUAUAUUUUAGGACCCACAGUUAUUAUUGUGAUUGUAAUUUGUUUUUGACUAUUUUUAAUGGAUGCUUAAUUGUUGUAACCUGCCCUGGGACCUUCAGGUGAAGGGUGGAUAAGUAGUAGUAGUAGUAAUAGUAAUAAUAAUAAUAAUUGUCAGAACACGCGUGGGAGAGCAAACGCUCUCUCUGGGCGUCUUCCUGAUGAAGCGCAGCCCAGGACGUUCAUAAAUCUUCAGUCCUGGUGCGCAUCAGUGACACAUAUCUUGAGAUAUGUGCACACUCAAUCAGCAGAGUAUAGCAGAAACGAUGUGGAGCUUAGGUGUGUGCAUUCCAAGUAAUUUAUUAAGCAAUAUACCGUAUUUUUCGCUCUAUAACACGCACAGACAUUUCCCCUUACUUUUUAGGAGGAAAAAAGUGAGUGUUAUGGUGCAAAAAAUACGGUAUACAGGACAAAGCAGUCAUGGCGUCCUCUCACAUCUUCUCCAAGAGAGAGAGAGAAAAGUAAAGUACAAAAGUACAAUACAGCGGAAGAGAUAAGACUGACUUCCGUUCUCACACUUUCCAAUAAUAAUAAUAAUAAUAAUAAUAAUAAAUUGGACAGUUACCUCACUCGCUUGAUGGGAACCUUCAACGACCAAGCCGACAAGCUUAUGGAGCAGCUGGAGGGAAAAGCUGAUGGAAAAACUGAAGUCGAUAUGCUGAGCCUGCUGAGUCGAGUGACCCUGGACAUCAUUGCAAAGGUACAUGCUAGAUUGAUUUCCUGUUCUUGGACUCCAACUCCCAUCAUCCCUGAUUUUGCUCUGCUGGCUGGGGCAGAUGGGAGUUGGAGUCCAACAACAUCAACCGGGCCACAGAUUUCCCCAUCUUUUUCAAUCAAUCAAUCAAUUUUCUUUAUUCGACCGAUAGUCAGAAUUAAAACAUUACACAAUAAUUAUAAACUAUAACAUCAUAAGUUACAUAAGGUACAUAAGUAAGGUAGAGCCACAGUACUAGAUCUCUCACAGAUAACCCACGUCAAAGCAUUCAAUUAUACGUUUCCGACACUUGAGUGCCAGGAAAAGAAAUUUAGCCACUGACAAGGUUGUUUUCCCAGAAGACUUAUUUAGCAGAUAUGCUGUCUGCUUUCCUCUUUGUCGGGAACUGAGCUGGGGUAAGUAUGGAGUUAUAAGAUACUGUCUUAAAUCAUUGUAGAAGGGACAGCUCAAUAAAAUGUGCUCUGUGGAUUCUACCUCACCCAAUGCACAGUGGCAUAAUCUCUGGUCAUAUGGGACUCCUCCAUAUCUUCCCUUCAGGACCGCCGAGUCAAGAACAUUCAGCCUAGCCGCAGUAAAUAGUCUGCGGUAUUCCACGUAGUGGAUAUCCGCCAGGUAGCGAGCUGGGGCAGCCCGAUACAGCUGCUCCCCCCAGAAACAACCCAGGUUUCACACGGGCUAUGUCCUCCUGUCUGGCAAUAUCCCUUAAUCUUUGCGCGAUCACCGCCUGUGCGUGACUAUACGUCAUGGACUCUAUAUAAAGGAGGACAACCCACACUUCUGCACUUCCUCCACUAUCUCCCCUUCCCAUGGAGAUUUAAAGUUAUCCCUCAGAAUCAAGGGGGCCAAACCCACCGGUCUGAAACAGAGCUUGAGCCAUAGCCAUAACUUCGCUUUCAGGGCCACAUACCUAAAGGCUUGACAACCGGUUUCCAGCCUCAUGAUCGCACCUGCCACAGAGGGGGGGAUCCUGAGUAUGGCCCUGAGGAAUUGGGUUUGGAUAGAUUCCAAUUUUUCAAAAUCCCUACGUGAGCCCAAGGCAAUGCCCACCAGCAGAAGAGGGAGGACUUUCAUUUUAAAGAGACGUAAGGCAACAUUGACAGUUUGUGCCUGUUUCUUGGAGUACAGGGUUCUAAUCAUCAGGGCUGCUUUGGAUGCGUUCGAGGCUAUGUAUUCUCUGUGCGCCAGGAAGGACCUAUUUGAUCUUACAACCUGACCCAGGUACUUGAAGCAACUGACCUGCUCUAAAGGAAUACCAUUAAUUGACCAUAAAUUAGGUUUCGGUCGAGCAGCAAAGACCAUUAUUUUGGUCUUGGCAUAAUUUAAUUGGAGCUCGUGUUGGGUCUCAUAUUCAUGAAGAGCUCGAAGCAUCCUCCUUAAUCCGAUGGGGAGGUAGCUAAUAGGGCGGCAUCGUCCGCAUACAGUAGGACAUUCAAGGCUCGUCCUGCCAGUUUUGGUGGAUGGAAAUCAGCAUUUGCCAUAUGCACCACUAGCGAAUUUAUAUAGAAGUUAAACAGAGCAGGGGCAAGCAAACAGCCCUGUCUUACCCCCCUAGUGGUGGCAACCGGGUUGGAGACUAGCCCCUUACUAUCUAUCCUAAUCCUCAAGAGGGUAUUUGUAUGCAAAUUAAUAAUCAGCAAGAGAAGGCGGCGGUCGAUAGAUGUCGCUGCCAAUUUUGUCCAUAGCUGGUUCCUGGGAAUUAGAUCAAAGGCCUGCUUAAAGUCUAUAAAGGCGACGUGGAGGGCUUUUAGGCCAUUGCCAGCGUACUUGGUGGCCAAGUGAUUUAGGAUUAAGAUUUGGUCUGUUGUUGAUCUUCCGGGCGGAAACCCGCCUGUUCCUCUGCGAUGAUAUUGUUGCUUUCCAUCCAGGUCGUUAAUUUGUUAAGUAGAAAUCUUGAAUAGAUCUUCCCGAUAACAUUUAGCAGGCUAAUUGGUCUAAAAUUGGCCGGGUCUGUGCGCGGCCCUUUCUUGUGAAUUAACACAAUCAGUGCAGAGUUCCAGCUUGGAGGAAAUUGUGCUGUUUUGUUUAUAUAAGUAAAAAGAGCUGCUAGGGGUGGACACCACCAAUCCUUAUUGGCUUUAAUAACAUCUAUGGAAAUAAGAUCGUCUCCGGGUGCCUUGCCCGCCUCAAAUUGGCCUAUAAGUGUUUCCACUUCAGAGCAGGUAACAAGAUCCCACUCUGGCAAGGGGCCAAAUCUAACCUUCCUCCGCUAGCUGCGUGAGCUGCAUAUAAAACGGAGAAGAAGCUUUCCCAGGUGUCAGCUGAAAUUUGGGGUUCUAUCCUUGACAACGGUCUACCCAGGUAUCUGGAAAUUUGGUGCCAAAAGGAGGAGGGAUUUCUAUUUUCUGCAGCUUUUAGAAGGUUCUUCCAAUCAUUUCUUUCUGCCGCACGCUUCUUUUCCUUUAAUAGUGCUUUAUACCUUCUCUUGAGGAUCAUAAGGUGACUGCUAGGUGCGGAGUCAUUUGAUGCCCUAUAUGCCAAGAAUUCAUUAUAUAGGUUGUUCUUGAAGUGCCUACAUUCCUCACCCCAUCUUUUUUAAAUGUUAUGCCUGCUGAGUUCAGCUCCACCACAGAGAAUUCCUCUUUAUUUCCCAUUUUUCUUUUUAUUGUUAAAGCACAGAUCAUGACAAAAAUUUAUCAGGUUUUGUCAAAUUAAAGUACAAUACUAACGUCAUACAGAUUAUUAUUAAACCCUUUGUAAAUAAAAGAACUUAAAUUACUUACCAAACACAGAACAACCGUUCUGUAUUUUUGAAAUUGCCAUGUUCAUCUUACCAUAAUUACAAAAAAAACAGACUAGUUCAUGGUUCUUUUAAUUUAUUUUAUUAAUUCAAAAUGUCUUGCGUGCUCUUCAUUGCAACAAUGCCAGAACAAAGUACAUAAGGAGUUUUAAAAUAGAACACACAAAACAAAACACAAAAAUACACAAUUGCCACAUCCACACCGUACAUAUUAAAAGUCUACUUUAAAAGUCAUGGCUUCCUCCAAAUAAUCUUGGGAACUGUAAUUUGUUACGGAUUCUAGGAAUUCCAACUACUCUCAGGACUCACUUGACAAAGGAAGCCACUACUGUUACAGCAGUAUAACAGUGUCUUAAUUAAAUUGUAUGUGUAGUAACUGUAGUAAUUUGAAGGAAUUUCCUUGCAGGAGACAUUGGGAGAGGAGUUUGGAGAAAAUCCCUGGAGAAUGGUGUGAGGGAGUGGAAAGUGGCUAGCUGAGACGGCUCCUCCAGCAGAAAACUAGUGUUUGUUGCAACUGCUACUUAAUAAAACAACCAUGUGAACUAUGGUCUCAAGUUAUUGAACCCAAAGAUAUUUGUGGACGUGGCCAAUCUUAACAAACAGUAAAACAAUAGUUAAACAAACUUGCUCCGGCCUGAAAGCUCGAUAAACACCUGAACAAACAAGCAUAGUUGGCACUGAAAACUAAUUAAGGUUGGCACCAGCUGCACUGCAAAGAGGAGGGAGUUCCCUAACUGGGGUGCCACCACCAAGAAGGCCCUCUCAACGGUUGCUGCAUAACAUGUUACAGACAGCUACGGCACUGCUUUGUAAGCCCCCCCACGGGAACGGAAAUGAUUCCUGCAAAUGGCUCCCAAGGAAGAAGUUCAAGUAGGGGUAGGGAACGGUAUCCAAUCAGUGGGCAGGAUCCAUAACUGUCAGUCACCUGAAGUUUAGGGAAGUUUUUAAGGUUUGAUGUUUUAUUCUUUUUUUUAAUCUGUUGGGAGCCAUCCAGAGUGGCUGGGGAAACUCAGCCAGGUGGGUGGGGUUUAAAUAAUAAUAAGUUGUUGUUGCUGUUGUCGUCGUGUAAGUGGCAGCGCCCCCAGAGUCACAAGGGUGACUAUAAGGCACUGCCACUGCACCAGCCACCCCUGUGCAUCAACAUGUCAAUAGAAGGGUUUCUACAGCAGCUCCUUCCCAGACCCUCAGACUUUUGACCAACCUUCUUAUUUUUCUGAAUGUUAUCAGGUGGCUUUUGGCUUAGAACUGAACACUGUCUAUGAUGACCAGACGCCUUUUCCACGUGCCAUAUACAUGACCCUACAAGGACUAUCCAAAUCCCGCAUUCCUUUUUUCGAGGUGAGUGCAGACAUUUAUUUAUUUCCGUGUGAACUUGCCCUGUGCAAAGAUUCAGGGGGUCUCCAAAAUCCUAGAAUUACGCCUGUCUUGCAGGAAUGUUUGUAACUGGGACUGUCUUGUCUUCAGAGAGCACGGACAAGAAUUUGGAUUCAGACUAUUCGUUGCCCAGGGAAGGAAUUUUAAAGACUGGAGAGUAGGAUGCUUGCUGGGUGAUAAUGUGAUAUUGAGCUCUCCUGUUUGUUUGUUUUUUUUUCCCUUAUCCAUCCUUUAAUUUUUAUCCUUUACAUGAUGAAUGGGAAAAGUGAAGAAAGAAAGAGAGAGGCAAAAAUAUUGGGCUAGGAACAGAGGAAGCUGUGUUUAAGUCCAUUUAGUUCAAUAUUGUCUGGGUUGAUGGGCAGCAGUUCUUCAGGGUUUCAGAAAGAAGUCUUUUCUAGCCAUACCUGGAGCUGCCAGAGAUUGAAACUGGGACUUUAUGUAUGUAAAGCAUUUGCUGUGCCAUAAGCUAGGGUCUUUCCCUGCUUCGUAUUCUAAAGAUUUUCAAAGGAUACUUUUCAAAAUGUUAACUUAGGGCCCACUGAAAUAAAUAUUAAAAGUUAUUAUUCCAGUGAUUUCAAUAGCACCUGUGACUAAUAGUAUUCGGUGUGUAUGGUGGAUGAUUGCCCCAUCCACAUCAGAAUGCUCAACCUGGAUUAAAUUGGUUAGAUUUUUUUUUGUAAGACUAGGCAAUGGUUCCCAUCCAGGGACACUACUAACUGAGGGACUGGGCCAAGGGGCAGGGGGCUUUGCAAGCCUGUAUAUUCAGUUCAGCACCCCUUGUGAGGGGAGAGAGACUUUCUGUUCUUCCUCAGGCAACAACACUUCCACCAACACUCCCACCUUGCCCCACCUAGCCUCUCCCAGACUUUGACUUUGAGAACAGCAGCUGGGAAGAGAGGAGUUCAGGGAUAUUUUUAAAAAAUAGUUUUACAAGUUGUGCUUCUUUGUUUCUCAAUUUGAUCCUUUUACAUGGUUUUGUAUGUUUUGCGGUAUUUUAUGCAUUGUGAUUUGCUGUGCUGUUACUUCUAUUGAUUAUAGAUUGCUAAUUCUUUAUUGUGGUCGAACUGUUUAAUUAUUAUUUGCUGGUGUUUAAUUUUACUGUUUACUAUUAGAUUCAGAUGGAUUGUUGAAUGUUGCUUUGUUUGAUGUAAGUUGUUUAUUUUAAAGUUAUUGUGACUCUUAUACUGGAUCAGAUGGUUACUAUUAAUGUUUGAUGUUUUAUUAUGCUUUUAUGUCUUGGAAGCCGCACAGAGUGGCUUGGGCAACCCAGCUAGAUGGGCGGGGUAUAAAUGAAAUAAUGUUGUUUUUGUUGGAGGGACAAGGAUGUGGUGUGGCAGUGGUCCACAAAUAUUCCAUCAUUCUCACCAGGAGGCCAGUGCAUCUGGCAAUUGGAUGUGAGGUUUGUAUUUGGCAGAGGUCAGCAACCUUAUCCGAGGAUGGGCCGGUCGACGCUCCGUCCGUCGGAGAAUGGGCCGGAGCGUGUGCGCAUGCGCACUCUUCCGAAUCAGAGGAGCACCUGUGCACAUGUGCACGCUAUUUCCGGCGCUCCUCCUACCCACAUGUGCACUGGAAAUAGGGUGUGCGCAUGCGCGCUUCUCCGUCCCGCACGCGUGCGCACACACUAUUUCCAGCGCACAUCUGGGUCAGAGGAGUGCCCAUGCACAUGCGCACAGGCCCCAUCAACCCGGAUGUCGGUCCCCGCACUGCACCAUGCCAGUAAGAGCAGGUGGCGGGGGCAGCAGGGGUCGCCAUGGGCCGGUUAGACAAGCCUUGUGGGCCACUACCGGCCCAUGGGCCUUAGGUUGCUGACCCCUGGUAUUUGGUGUUGGGAGGCAGAGACAGAAUAGGAUCUUGCUGGUAUACAAUCCACCCCACAGCCCAACCAUCUCCCUGACUGAGCUGGCAAACACAUUCUCUGGUGCAGUAUUGCAGAUCCCAAGGACAUCAGUUCUGGGGCUCUGCACAUUCUGUGCAGCCAUUUCGCUGCAGUCAGAAUCAGAGGAGCCUGGAGUGUAUAGAAAUAGUGUAUAGAAAUUUGUGGACAGCUGGACAAUCCCCAGCCUCUAAUGUAGGGUUAUGCAUAUUCUUGCUAACUAGCAUGAGAAGGGUUUAAGUCCACAGAGCUGUAUUGCUGAUAGGCAGUGUUCAGACCAUACAAAUACUGUUGGUAGAGAGGACUCUGUGUGAUUUCAUUUCCUCUCCUCUCCCGGAGAGGAAGGAGCAUAUAUUACUUCCUGCCCUCCCCUUCCACCAUCAUUGGAUGCAGACAUGUCUCUGCCUGCUGCAGUUUAAUAUAUAUAUAUAUUCAAUUUUUCAGAAAUAUUUUGACAUAAAUACAAUCCAAUAUUUUCCAACAAAUAGAUGCUUGUGAAGCUGGUUAUACUGUUAAAUAUAAGUAUUUUAGCUGCAUAGCUGCCUUUGCUGUGAACCAAUGCAUGAUUAUAAAGCAAGUAAAUCUUAUUUUUAAACUUACUGUGCAAAUUGUUGACUGAUUCUUUCUUAAGUGGGGUAAGAAGGGGGAAGCCAGCUUACUUCAUAGCUGGACUUGCUCAAAACAAGGUUUUACAGUCUGAUUCCUAUGCUUUUCAUUUUGCCGCCAAGGAUGGGAUUCUGAAACUCUGUUUAACCCACACAUGUGGGUGCCUGGAGGGAUAAAUUGCAAUCAAUAUAUAUCCUCUCCUACCCAAAGGAGUUUGAGCGGUAUACAAAUUCUGGGCUUCUUUUCAGCCAAGCCAGUCCUCAAGGAAGCUUGCAAAGAGAAAAACCAAAUACCCCACUAUUAUUAAGCCAGCAAAUAUAUAAUGGGCAAUUCAAACCUGUUGUCUGUUUUAUAGUACAUGCCAUGGAACAGAAAAGAAGUGAAAGGUGUUCAGGAGAGCAUAAGGCUGCUACGUCGUACUGGGAAGGAGUGUAUUGAACAGAGGCGUAAGGACAUGCAAGAUGGAGAAGACAUCCCAUUGGAUAUUCUCACUCAGAUACUGAAGGGUGCAGGUAGACUAUGAUCUUUUGUACUUACCACACAUGAGUGUCUCCAUGUGGACCCCACAAGGUCAUCUUUAGCCGCACAAAGUGGUUUACAGCCCUUCGUUUCAGCCAAACAUGCUAGCUGCAAAAACAUCUUAAUUAGUCACUAUUACUACUACUACUACUACUACUGUGGGACGCGGGUGGCGCUGUGGGUUAAACCACAGAGCCUAGGACUUGCCGAUCAGAAGGUCGGCGGUUCGAAUCCCUGCGAUGGGGUGAGCUCCCGUUGCUCGGUCCCUGCUCCUGCCAACCUAGCAGUUUGAAAGCACGUCAAAGUGCAAGUAGAUAAAUAGGUACCGCUCCUGCGGGAAGGUAAACGUUGUUUCCGUGCGCUGCUCUGGUUCGCCAGAAGUGGCUUAGUCAUGCUGGCCACAUGACCCGGAAGCUGGACACCGGCUCCCUCGGCCAAUAAAGCGAGAUGAGCUCCGCAACCCCAGAGUCGGCCACGACUGGACCUAACGGUCAGGGGUCCCUUUACCUUUACCUUACUACUACUACUACUAGUAACAGAGUAUGCAGCCUUCCUUGUAAUUUCCCUUAGAUGUUCAUAUGCAAAGGGGGGGGGGUAUUUUCUCCCCAUCUGUACUGCAGCUAGUAGUACAAGAAGCAAUGACGUUUAAUUCUAAAGAACCGAGUUUGGCUUUCUUGUUAGGGAAACCACCAUAAACAGAUAUCACCAAAAUGUGUUACAGGUGAUCAUCUGGCUGCUUCAUCCUAAAUUGAUGGAAGUCUCCAGGUAGACUCAUAAGCAGCAUAAAGCAAUAAGCUAACUUUGAGAGAACUAGCUAUGAAAAACCAGGACUAGGUCCAAUACCUUCCCGCCAACUUCUUGCUAUUGUUAGAACAGUCCAGAAUUUACACUUCUGUCCAGAAAGUUAUGUCAGCUUUUGCUCUUUGUUUUCCAUUACAGCACAGGAAGAGGGCUGCAAUGAUGAACUGAUGUUGGACAAUUUUGUCACCUUCUUCGUUGCAGGUUUGUAGGUCUGUUGUUCUUUAGAUAUAAUCAAGAAGAUCAGCCACCCAGAACAGACUUCUGGCAUGUAUAACCAACACAGAUAAAAAUAGUAUUGAGAUUAAUAUCCACACACAGAUUUUUUUUUCUGGGGCUAACUGUACCAACUGGAUUCAUAUCUUGACGUGAAUAAUAAUAAUAAUAAUAAUAAUACCUAUUACUAUCCAGAGUCAGUAGCUGUUGUGCCUGACAAGUUUGUAAGAAGCAACUUUGAAACUUUGCAUUGCUUCCAACCUUGGCGAAUUGCAUUCAUGUGUUGAGGCCUGUGCUGCUUUCAAAUUCACCUCUCACUCAAGUUUAGCUUUUUACCAGAUGGACUGAAAGUCGGUUUUAUUAGCUGGUGGAGGAAGCUGGCCAGCAUUGGAGAUGUGCUGGUGCAGAGAUGCUUACCUAACCUCCCAGCAGGUGAGUCGUUGCUGCUUACUGGGAGGGGUGAGGUGGCGACGAGGUCAGCAAGCUGCAAAAGCACCAGUGGAGCCAAUAUGGUGCUCCUGCUGGUGGAUUUGCACUGUGUUGCUGUGUCCAGGGCCUUGUCCCAUCUCUUCCAGGUAAGCAGCAACAGCUCACCUGCCAGGAGGUCAGGUAAGCAUCAUCACUCCACCACCCCUGAGCUGCUCACACAGCAGCACGCUAAACUAUCACUCAGCUUCCACCAGGAGACACUGUUCCAUCUCCAGAAAUCAGCUUUUGGAAAAAGAAAAUAUAUUUCCUAAUCUCAUAUUUUGCUGCUUGUUUCUGUUGGAAAUUAAGUUUCUGCCAUUAUGCAUGAGCCACGUUAAUCAGGGCUUCUAUCUUUUAUCAGAAGACUAAUUCCAAUCUAUAGUUUGAUUCCUAACCACACUCUGUCAUGUUCUGUGGUGUAGAGCCAGUAUGGUGUAGAGGUUAAGAGCGGUGGAUUUGUAAUCUGGUGAACCGGGUUUGCGUCCCCGCUCCUCCACAUGCAGCUGCUGGGUGACCUUGGGCCAGUCACACUUCUCUCAGCCUCACUCACCUCACAGAGUGUUUGUUGUGGGGAAGGAAGGGAAAGGAGAUUGUUAGCUGCUUUGAGACUCCUUAGGGUAGUGAUAAAGCAGGAUAUCAAAUCCAAAUUCUUCUUCUUUAUCCUGCAGGUCACGACACCACUACUACCCAGUUAAGUUUCACCAUAAUGGAGCUGUCACGAAACCCUGAGGUAGUUGCAAAGUAGGUGAACUGUUUGUCUCUCCACUUGUCCAUGCUGGUAGUUUUAGGAAGUUGUAGCUUUUCACUUUUUAGAAUAUUUGAGACUUUGGAGGCCAGUUCACACAAUUUUUCCAUUCAGACCAGCACUCAGUGCACGUGAACAAGCGUAAUGUGAGAAAACCAUGGAUAUAGAGUUGUGGAUGUAGAGGUGAAGUCUGGGGAUCUUGACAAUAUUGGCAAGUACCCAAGUUCAGGUGCAUAAUAAUAAUAUUAAUAAUAGUAAUAGUAGUAAAAUUUUAUUUAUAUUAAUAAUAAUAAUAAUAAUUUUUAUUUAUACCCCGCCCUCCCCAGCCAAGGCCGGGCUCAGAGCGGCUUACAAACAAUAAUAAAAACAAGUUAAAUGAUUACAACUUGAAAACAAAAUUAAAAAAUACCACAUUAAAAUAUUGAAACAUUAAAAUAUUAAAAUGUAGCCUCAUCGCAGAGGGAGAAGGAAAAGAAAAAAGAAAGCCCUUCCCCAGCCGAAGCCGGGCUCAGAGCAGCUAACAACAGUAAAAUAAUACAGCAUUCUAAAAUCAAUUCAUUAUAAAAUCAGUUCAAAUCAAAUUGAUGGCAACCAUUGGGCUAGAGUUCUGUGAAGAAUUACCAAAGAAGGGGAUCAGGCUGUGCCUUGGCCAAAGGCCUGGUGGAACAGCUCUAUCUUGCAGGCCCUGCGGAAAGAUGUCAAGAUGUGUGGGUAAAGAUAUGGUCCUAAGGCAUGGCCAUAAGACGUUACAUAGUCUAUGUACGAAUUUGUAUGAAUGCCCCAUGUAGGCCAGCAGUUGCCAAUGAAAUCUUCUGAUUUGUAGACUUCAGGCUGAAGUGGAUGACGUCAUUGGUGUGAAGAGAGACAUCGCCUACGAAGAUCUUGGGAAGCUCCAGUACUUAUCUCAGGUACACUUGGAGAACAAAUGCGAUGAAAAAUUGUAUUUAAAAAAGAAAAGGAAGAAAGAGCAAAUGCACAGGUAACCCAACGCUGCUCUCAACCCUUUUGGCUCAGCAGUCACUGGUGAGAUUAUGGACUCCUUCUGACGACCUGUUUAUUCAGCAUUUAUCCAGAUUUGUCUGAACAAAGCUUAUGGGGCAGUUCGGUUUUUAUUGAGCAUACGUUUCAAUUUGUUUUCAGGGUGGUUCUAUGCCAGUGAGCAUUCAUCCUGAAUUGCUUGCAGGGUGUUUACCUGUCUUCCCGUUAAUCAUUCAUUCCAGACUUUCAAUACAUUUGUCUGUAACUUUCCAAACCAGAGGUGAGUUCCUGGUCAAAGGCAACAAGCCCACAGCGGGGCUGUCACAUGGCCUCCCUGAGGAGGAGGAGCCACACCCAGGCUUGAGGGUCAGUGCCCUGGAGGCUCUAACUUGCACUGACCUCUCCCCAUCCUCAGUCUCCCAUCCCAUUUGUUUCUCCUUUCCUGCCCUGGCAACUGGCAGCAGAAGGAGCAGGGCAGUGUCAGGAAGCCAGCCCGCCAUGGUACCCACCACCUGAGAGGUGCUGGAGCUAUGCUCAGGCUGAAAAAAACAAACCCUGGUUUGAAAUGCAGAUGUGGCUGUGGUCGUGCAAAAGGCAUUUUUUCCAGUUCUCAAGAAUUAUAAGAGGCUUUUCUUACUGGUGGGGAACUAAGGCUAAGGGAAAUAUAUUUGCUGAAAACCACCAAGCAGGUUUGAGCAUGAGCUAGAGACGAAACUCAAAAGUGAUGGUUUCCAGCUGAAAGCCCACCCUUCCAAUAUCUCAAAUCACUGUGGCUGAUAAGUAAAGAAGUCCCUUUACCAGCAUUGUGGAAUUGUGGCUCAAGCUGUUGUUAUUAUCCCAGGUUCUCAAGGAAGCCUUGCGCUUGUACUCUCCGGUUCCCGCUGUUCCUCGCUGGACAAGGAAGGAAACCGUCUUUGAAGGAGUCAGAAUUCCAGCAAACACAAGUCUGAUGGUGAGUCUGUCGAAUGGACUGCGGUGAAUGGUUCUCUCAAAAAUAUUGGCCUUUAGCACCAAACCACCCAGAUCCCCUGAUGACAUGUCUGCAUUAAUUUUUGUUUAAGUAAAUCUGGGGCAGCGUUAUGUGCCAUAGUUAUGCGGGAAGAACGCAAGGAAGCUGCAGAAGUCUAGUAGAAGCAGUUGCAAAAUUCAGCAUGCUCAGAAUCUCAGCUUGAACUCCCCCCCCCCCCAUUAUACCUAAAAAAAAGCAACUUCCAAGCCCUUAUGAUGGCAAAGAUAUGCUUAAAACUAUGUGGUCCAGUGGAAAUCACAGAAGCCAGAGGGGGUGGCUGAGGUGACUAAGAAUUCCAGGCGCCAGAAAGCAAGUUUGUCUGGGUGCUUUGUGUAGUCUUGUGCCCUUGCCCACAUGCCUACCAAAUCCAGAUGUUUUCAGUUGGCAUUCAUCUGUCUCGAGACAAUGGAGUGUGCCUCGAGGGGUGAAGCCAAACCGCUGCGUUAGUAGCACCAAAGUGACCUCCCCGGGGCCAAAGCCUGGGCAGUGUGCAUGGAAGUCCUGGGCUGCCCAGACAAGAAGACUCCCCUCUCAGCCUCACUGAUGUGCUGCAAAGGAUAGCAGAGAAAUAUGUUCAGCAUCAGCUUAGCUGCAGGAGUUGCCGGAAGGAGGUGCACAAGAGAGCCAGCGUGGUGUAGUGGUUAAGAGCGGUGGACUCGUAAUCUGGUGAACCAGGUUCGCUUCCCCACUCCUCCACAUGCAGCUGCUGGGUGACCUUGGGCGAGUCACACUUCUCUGAAGUCUCUCAGCCUCACAGAGUGUUUGUUGUGGGGGAGGAAGGGAAAGGAGAUUGUUAGCUGCUUUGAGACUCCUUAAAGGGAGUGAAAGGCAGGGUAUCAAAUCCAAUCUCUUCUUCUUCUUCUACAAGGCACCAUCAAACCACCUCCGGAUUUGUGUAGGGUUUAAUCUUUAGCCUUUUCUUCUCCCUAAGAUAUCCCACGAGGCAGUGGAAGUUUAGGAGCAGAGUUUUCCUUCUCCUAGAUGGGCUACCUUCCCAGGUUGACAAGCCCCAUCUGCACCUAACUUCCCUCUACAACAGAGAUUAUUAUAUGUGGAAUCAAAUCAAAUGAUUAUAAUGUAUGUCAGCUACACCAGUAAGAUGAAACAAUAACCGGCUGUAUUUCUUAGUUUCUGUUAUGAAGUUUUCACUCCAGCCUCCGUCUUGGAACCAUUCCUAAAAAAUAAAAAUAACAGGCCUUAAGCAUCUACAUUACAAAUUUUAUAAAGAAACACUUUUGCCUUUGGGCCGCUAGGUGGCAACCACAUAAACAUAUCUUUAUACUAAUGAAUAUGGUCUCAAAUCCUCACCAAACCUUUUGUUCCGAAAAGUAAUAUAAAAACCCCCACUCAUUUUCAAUAAGCUUGUUCUCAAACAAGAUGCUUUUCCUUGAUUGGGUAUAAUAAUCAUUUCUAUAUCCACAUUGUCAACAUACGUUUUCAACAAAAUUAAAAGUAUAUUUAUCAGAUUCAUUCCGAAUUCAUAACCUGUGAUUUCUUUAAUGCAUUCCACCACUGGACACCGGGCAUUUUGGAUUUUACAGUAUUUUCAAAAAAUAUGUAAAUAUUUUUACUUAAUUAAUUAAUUAAUACACCGCCCCUCAUCUGAAGAUCACAGGGUGGUUUACAGCAUAAAAAUACAAAAUGAAAACACAAAAUACAUAAAUAGUCUUGCAUGUGGGUGCUUUAGUUUAGAGGUGCUCAGAUGCCAUUGGAGGAUGAAUGCAAGAUCUAAAUAAUUCUCUUUCAGAUUCAUAGAUAUCAGUGUUUUAUCUCCAAACAUUUGCUUUCUGCUUUCUCCAACACACACCUGUGACUGUUUCAGCCAUGUGUCAAACAGCCUAACAGCACCAUGAGUUCAAUUUUGUAUUAGGGAUUCAAUUAAAUUUAAAAACAUUUCCAGCUAAUGCUGAUAUAAAUGUAGUAGAUGUGACUGCAGGGUGUGUGGAGGAACGGCCAGGAAGUGAUAACAUCAUUUCAUUAAAUGAGGUUGUGAUGUGCAGCUGCCUCUUGCUGUGAAUGACAAAUGUUUUUGCAGCUUGCUUUGCAUUUACAAGUGCAAAUGACUGUCUCCUCUCUUGCCAGUUCAGUCAAUAUGUCAUGGGACGCAUGAAAAGGUUUUUCAAAGACCCCUUUAUCUUCAAUCCUGACCGGUUUAGCAAAGACCAAACAAUGUAAGUUUCUGUUGCUGCAUUUUUAGGGAAAUUGUGCUAAACGUUCUUUCAUUUGUUUGCUUUGGGCUGUAUCCAACAAAUGCAUCCUGUCAGUUCAAGGAAUUUCACUUUUUUUUGCAGUGGGACUAGGUUUAGUGGAUGCACAGAGGGAGAAGAAGCAGGGAAAGUUGGUUGGUACAAUUAUAAAUCCUUGUUUUGAGAGGGCACAGUAUUUAAUGCUAUGCUGGAUACAACUCUCUAAUACAAUGCAUAUUGUCUAGUCAAUGUUAGAAACUUGGUAAAUGUUGACAUUUACUGGUAAUUCUUAGGAUUUUAGGAGACAAGCUGGAAAAUGUAAAAACAAAUUGUAACAUGAAGCUCAUUUGAAUGGCCUGUACAUAUUGGGAAUACAAAUGACUUUGGAACAUGCAGUUGAAGUGGCCAGUUGGCAUUAAAUUUACUCCUAAAUUGAAAGGUAUCUUUUGACAUUUCCUCCUGGAUUUAUUAAUACAGAGGAUUACCAGCAAGCGUCAAUAUUCACACAAUUCUGCUGCUUUGAUAACUUGGUUCCCAGAAGAAAAAUUGACUGCUUUUUUACUUUAACGGUAGCUUGGUCUGCAGAAAUUAACAUGUGGAGCUUUUCACAACAUAGAAUAUUAUCAAUCGGUCUCUGUGUUAAGCUACUUUUAAGCACACAGGAACCCAAGACACUGCCUGGGCAAGACAUAUAAUGUAGGAAUACAAGUGAAUAGUAAAGAAAACCUGCACAAGCGACGCUGACACAAAACCCCACACAUACACUAAGUAGAAUACAGUGGUACGUCGGGUUAAGAACUUUAUUCGUUCUGGAUGUCCGUUCUUAACCUGAAACUGUUCUUAACCUGAAGCACCGCUUUAGCUAAUGGGGCCUCCUGCUGCUGCUGCGCCGCCGCUGCACGAUUUCUGUUCUCAUCCUGAAGCAAAGUUCUUAACCCGAGGUACUAUUUCUGGGUUAGUGGAGUCUGUAACCUGAAGCAUCUGUAACCUGAAGCGUAUGUAACCCGAAGUACCACUGUAGAAGCAUUGCCACCCCACCUCACUCACCAUCCCCCCUCCACCUCUUUCCCCCUUUUCUUCCUAAUGUAACACUAAUGUGUCAACAAAUGAAACUGAUCUGUAGAAAGUGUAACUUGAAGAAAAAGACAUUGCACAUACUUUUGUAAACCAAGACAUCUUUAAUAAAAAAUAUGUUUAAAAAAGGGAAAGGGGGGGGGCGAAGAAAUGGAAAAAGGAGGCUAUAAAAAUGACUACGGUGGUACCUCGGGAUUCAAACGGGAUCUGUUCCGGAGCCCUGUUUGCAUCCUGAAUAGAACGUAAGACGCGACGGCACGUCUGUGCGUGUGCGGGUCGCGUUUUGCCGCUUCCGUGCGUGACGUCAUUUUGAGCGUCUGUGCAUGCGCGAGCAGCGAAACCCGGAAGUAACGGGCUCCAUUACUUCUGGGUUGCCACAGAGCACAACCUGAAAGUGCUCAACCUGAAGCACAUUCAACCCGAGGUAUGACUGUACCAUUGUUGUACCGAAAGAGUGGAUCUGGUACACUCCUAAGCAGGUGGAGUGAGUUCAAGGUUGCAACAAAGCCAUUGCUAAGGACGCUGUCUAUGCAAAGCCAUUUCAAUAACUCUUAUCUUGAGAUUCCUGCAUUGCAAUUCUAUGAUUUUCUCUCUCUCUAUUAUUUUUUUAGACCAUACUUUACCUACUUCCCAUUUUCCCUUGGAGGUCAUACCUGUAUCGGGCAGCUAUUUUCACAGGUAAGGCAGUGCCCAUUAGGAUUUCCAAGUCCCCUCUUAAGUGGCACCUGUCCUUUUAAAAAGCCCAUCUUGGAGGUCUCUAAGCAGAGGUUAGAUGGCCAUCUGCUUUAGCACUGGACUAGAUGACCCUCGGGGUCCCUUCCAACUCUACAAUAUUCUGUGAUUCUACCUUGCUGAUCCAGGAGCCUGGGCAAAAGGACUGGUGGAACAGCAGGGUGGGGUGUGUAAUAGCUUCAGGGAUGGUGCCCCAUAGCCCAGCCUUCCCCAGCUGUCGGUUCCCCAAUAUUUUAUUUAUUUAAAAUAUAUAGAUCUCGCGGUCAGGCUCUGGGCCUCAGCAAGGCAGAACUCAGGCUUCAUUCAGAGUGAGGUUUAGGCCAUGUUCACAUCACACAAUUAAAGUGCUAUCAUAUCACUGUAAACAUGAACGGCUUCCCUCAAAGAAACUAUAAUUAGUUAAGAGUUCCUUGCCAAGAGGACUUGAUUGUUAGACUAUAGUUCUUUGUUAUAGUUCUGUAGACUAUAGUUCUUUGUGAGGGCCAUAAAGGUCUCAGCAGCAGAAUGAUGGUUGGAAAUUAUAUAUAGAUUUUUUAAAAGUCUGUAUCACUUAUGGGCCUGUAAUUUUUAUUUUUAAAUGAGUCAAAUAAAAACAAAUCCAAACUAUUAAUUUUUUUCAGCGCUCUCGGUUUCUUAGUCCACUAGAUUUUUAUUUCUUUAUUUAAUGGCUGAAUUUAAUCCUGUAUUUUGAACAAGCCUAGAAUAAGCAUUUGCACUUAUCUGGAGAUAGUGUUCAACUGCGUCAAAAUGGCAAGAGCCAGUUUACCAUUCAUUCAUUCAUUCAUUGUUUUUAUCACAGAUGGAGGCUAAAGUGGUGAUGGCCAAAUUUCUCCAGAGGUUUGAAUUCCAGCUGGUCCCACCUCAGAGCUUUAAAAUUAUGGAGACAGCAUCGCUGAAGCCAUUAGAUGGCUUAGUAUGCAGACUGAGACCACGGCGCCACCUUCGCUGUGAAGGGGAUUAA